CAGAGGAAGCCGGAUCUCUCCCAAUAACAGCUCCCACCCCCCCAGGCCGAGCAUGGGAGCAGCACGGAGCCCCGGCCGGGGGUAGAGCGGGGGCCGCCAGCUGGGCCUGUGCAUCCCCGGCCUGCGGUAGGGAGCGGCCGCCAGGACCAUGCAGCCCUCUCCGCAAAGCUACGACUUCUACAGCGAGGAGAAUGGCCCCAGGUGGAGGGGGCUCUUCGUACAGGCCCUCAGGAAGGUGGGUUAGAGGGGCAACUACAGGGGGCUUAUAGAAAGGGUGCCGGGGGGCUUAUAAAAUGGGGAGACAGGGGGGUUUACAGAAUGGAGAGACAGGGGGGCUUAGAAAAUAGAGGGGCGGGGGUAUAGAAUGGGGAGACGGGGGGCUUACAGAAUGGUGUGUCAGGGGACAUGGGGGGCUUACAGAAUAGGGGGACAGGGGGCUUACAGAAUGAGGGUAUGGGGGGGGCUUACAGAAUAGAAGCAGGGGUAUUAAAGAAUGGGGAUUUAGGUGACACAGGGCUUAUAGAAUGGGGUGUCCGCAGGCUUAUAGAGAGGGAACAGAGGUUUAUCAAUAGAUUGUGGUGUCAGAGGACAGGGGGCUCAUAAAUAGGGGUGUCAGAGGAUGAGAGUAUAGCAUUGCAAUGGUAAUGUGAUGAUAGUGAACAGGUAAGGGCUUGUUCAGUUAACAGUGAAUCAAAAGCCAAACUACAGAAUUAGGGCAAAAUAGCUGAUUUGGAACAAAAAAAAAUAUUUUAGCUAAUCACAGCUUGGCUAUUUUAAUCCUGAAUUUUGCAACUUGGUUUUUAAUUCACUACAGGACGCUGUUUAAUGAAUAACCUCAAAUGUCUUUCCGUUUUCAUACGUUGUAUUUGUUGAGCGUAUUGUAUGUGUUUUGUGAAAUUACAGCAGUAAUUAAAUGUAAGCUCCUGAGUCUUGCUUUGAAUAACCAAGAAGUCAUGUUAUCUACAGCCUCUAUGUACAAGGCCACUUCUAGACCGAUUAGGUGUUUGCGUCCUGUUUUCUAGAAGGUCAUCCAGAAUCUGACAACAGCGGGACUAAAACUGAUUUCAUAGAACAAUUAUGGGAUAAAUUAAUAGUACCCAUGACAUGAAUCCUAUUGCUAGCAUCCAUUGAUGGCAGUCACAGAUCUUCCCUCUCGUACUUCAUAUGAGCUUUUAUUGAUGAACAAAGCAAGAAUGCGUUCACACAUAUCCAUGUCUGUCAGGGUUAUUCACAAAAAUAGCUGAUAUUCCAAUUCAACUUUAGUCACAGCAUGGCUAUUUUAUCAUAAGUUUCGCCAACCAAAUUUAAUCCACUAGAAUUCGGUGUUCAGUAAAUAAUGUAAGGGUUUUUUUUUGUUUUUUUCUACAUUGUAAUACAUUUAAUUUUAAUUUUACAUUUAAUGACAUUAUUUAAAAGGUUAUUCCAACCACCAUGACCACUUCAGUGAUUUAAAGUGGCCAUGGUGGUAGGAGUGAGAAUGUGUAGUGUUUCAGCUUUAAACACUGCACAUACUGAGAUAAUUCUGUGCUGAGGGCUAGUUGAACCCCCAGUACACGUAACAUUAGCAGUUCCGGGUUGCCUAUGUCAGUUCUGUGCAUAUUUUAUGUCUGUUGUAAACUCUCUGUCAGUAGUGGAGGCGUGCUGCAACGCCAGGUCUGAGUUCUUAAAAUGAUGAAGGGGUGAUGCUGUACUGGUUACGGUGCUUGGAGUGUUCCUUUCACUCAGUUUGUUCCCAAGCUAAACCAGUGGUGGCAGAUGAAAUGGCUCUCAUCUAGGACAGUAACUUUCAGUAAUCUCGGACAGCAUUGGGACAUUUAUAGUUCUUUGCUACCCUAACAGUGAAUAAUAUAACCCUAAUAGAUGCUUACAUUAACUCCUUCCUAUGCUAUGCUGAAACUUAAAUUGACAAUAAACUUUAUCCCCUUCACUGCUUUAAUUUCAACCAUGACACACUAAAUAUUACUUAAAAAUAUCAUGCAAUAUUAAAGACACAUGCCAUCUUGAGGUUUUUCAGACCUUGAUAAACUACUCCGCCUUUGGUCUUAUGGUUUCCGAUGUUUUCAGAACUCAUUGAUAGCAUUACAGUCUCAUCAUAGACAUCUAUCUAUGUAUCUGUUUACUCUUGCCUUGUUGAUAUUUUUUGUCUGUUUAACACUUGCAUCUUGGUACAUUAACGGAUUGAUAGCUUGAAAUAUUAUUUGAUGUAGCAGUAAAAGCUUCUAAAAUAUUUGUUUUUGUGUCUUUAAGCCACCUACCAAUAACCUUUACAUUCUAUUUUAUCUUUCGGCAAAGUCUAAAAUAUGUUAACGUUUUUCAGAGAAAUGUAUGUAUCAGAUUAAAUUUUUUUUUUUUAUUGAUUUAAAAAAAAAAUAUAUUGUAGUGUGGGGGUAGAGAACAGAGAGAGAGGCGCAACCAAAUCAAUCAGAAAAACACAUGCAAACCUCACAUUGAAUUAAUAAAUUGUUCUCCAGUGCUUUACAAUGGUACAAUGUUACUUUCUAGUAAAUAAUCAUUUAUUUAGGUGAACAGAAACAUGAUACGAUGCGGGUUCCUAAAAAUCAAGUUUACAAUCUAAAUACUUCACAUGAUUAUUGAUAAAAUGUUUACUUUACAAUUUAUUUUUGUAUAUUUUUGUUUCACUUUGAUCUUUCGUAUCAUUUUCUUUAACUACCUUGCUGUUUACGUUUUGUAUGUAUCGCUAUGUUUUUGUUUUUUUUUUGGUUGUUUUUUUUUUUGCGCUGUUAGAGCAAAACAAAACGAUAGCAGAAAAAGUUCUGUAUCAAAAUGUAGGGUUUAUCAAUCGCAUUCUGUAGCAAGUGGUGUGCCUGCUUUAAAAAAAACUUAAGGUGAACCAUGUCCACCAAAUGUUCCUACAGAGGAGGAGUUGAGUUGUGUCUGGCAGACUUCAAACAAGAUGCUAAACUGUUAGUGAACUGUUUGACUACCUACAUUAGAUAGCUUCAGGGCACUCAUUGCACGAUAACCACUAGAACAAGCUUGGAGUGUUUUAUGUUUUACCCGUUUAGCUUCAGCUGGACUCUAGAGAAUAUGUCCUACUCAUUUAACAUUAGCUAGAGUUUAUAAAGUAGAAUCUUAUACACUCUUUAUCAUUAGCUGAGCUAUACAGGAUGGAUUGCCCUACUCUUUUAGCAUUAGCCUGGCUCUUUGGAAUGGAAUUUUAAUGUUAAUACAAAAUUUUCUGCCUUAUUUGUGUGAUAUGUAUUAACUAUGCUUUCUGGACAGAACAUAGGUGAUUCCAAGUGAGAAGCUUACUUGCAAAAUAAGUCCAUGCUGUCCUUCCUGCCCACUCCAUUGAAAGCAAAUGAUGGUAGAAAUCUCUAUAUAUGCUAACAUUUGCUAGUGAUCUGAAUUUGCAUUUGAGAGCCUUUUACCAUAUGCCUUUCCAGUUAGGUUUUUCUCUGCGGUUCUAAAACUUUCCGCAAGGUUCAGGUAUCCAUGUUUAGAUACGUUAUGUAUUUUUUGUUUCUUUUUUUCCUGUUGCUAUCUGCUACGUCACUCACUUGGUAUUUUCAGUGGACAGAGGCCAAAUCUUUGUAGUGCAAACUAGCUAUAACUUAUGUUAUGUGUCUAAUAGGCACUCUGUUUGCUGCUUUAAUUUUACCAUUGGAGAUAGCCCAUUCAUUCCUAGUGUUUGUAUUAUUUGCCAAUUUCAUUGCAUUGGUGAAGAAGGGGCCUGCGUGAUUAUACACUCCAUGGAUGAUAGUUGACUGUACACACUGUGUAGAACAGGACGACUUGCUAUUUAAAAACAUUCUUUUUUUUCCCAUUUUCUUUAUAUGGGUAUAUAUAUUUAGCUAUAGUUUAAGAUAUUUGUUUUUGUGCCCUAUAUGGCUUUGCAUUAUUAUGUUAUAGGUAAAGGAAAACUCCAAGCAGCACAAUUACUACAGAGAGCUGUUGUGGUUAUGGUGGUAGAAGGGCCCAUGCACUAGAGAUCGACCAAAAUUUAUUUUUAUAUAGCCGAUACUGAUAGUCGGUAAACUUUCAGGCCGAUAGCUGAUAACGUACCGAUACUGAUAUUCUGUACAUUUGUUUUGAAAAAAGAAACAAUUUUUACAUAAAUCUACUGUUAACUGAACAUGUUUAUUAUUAUUUAUUUAUUUUUGCAAAUCUUUUUUUUUUUUUUUUUUAAUUAAGUGGUAAAUGCACAAAAUAUAGUGCCAGAUAGAUUUUUUAUUUUUUUUAUGUUUUCAAGAAUAUUUAGUGUUCUUCUCCUUUCCUUGUCCCUUAGUUAUCUUCUACCCUGUCCCUUAGUGUUCCUCUCCCUUCCCUGUCCUUUAGUGUUGUCCCCCCCUCCCCUGCCCAGUGAUCUACUCCCAUCCCUGGUGUGCCUCAUAACCUCUCUUGUAGCGUGGCAGAGCAGAUCGCGGUACAGGAGCUUCCGUUUUCUGUACCCGGCUGGACUGACAAGAAGUGCUCUUUCAGUGAGCACUUCCAGUCAGUCCUGCCAGAUACAGGAAACUGAAGCUCCUGUACCGCGGUCCGCUCUGCUCCACUCGACCACACUACAUUGUGUGACUGGUAGGGGGAGCGCUGUGCGCUUCUUUCCUGCUGGCCACUCGAUUCUUGCGUCGGUGGAUAGCAGGGCCAUUGUGUCCAUAAGGCGGACGUGGGUUCCGCCUUAUGGACACGAAGGCCCUGCAUGCGUCCACCUCACAUUAUCGGCAAUAUCGGUAUCAAUAGUGGCUGAUACAGAUACUUGCCAAAAUCCAGAAUAUCGGCCAAACCGAUAAUCGGUCUAUCCCCACCAGGCACUCCCCCCAACCUAAUUGCAAAUGGUUUGACGACUUGUGGUCAACCACUAACCUUCUCUAUUGAGAACUGGAAGUUCUCUGCUCAGAUUCAUGAUCAAGUAAUGCUCUCAGCCAAUAAUCUAGUCCUGCCCAUUACGGCUUAGCACAUGAGAGCUAAUGGAACCUUUUAUGCAGAAGCUGCAAGCUUUUAAUGGAGGAAGUGACCAGCAUCUGGCAGAGCCCAUUUAGAUGUCAUGCAAUUGGGUUGACUAGUUACUUUGGGGAUGAAGUGCCAUAGCACGCUGUAGUGGUUAUGGUGCUUGGAAUGUUCCUUUAAUAAAACUAGAUGGGGCUGGAUAGCUGAGCAGGAACCAAAGCUUGGUUGUAGACUUUUUUCAGUUUGGUUACAUUGGCAAAAUGAUUCACUUGUCAAUUCAUCACAGUUAAUAACUUCAUGCACCGUGAAUGCAGUUUCUAUCUGACAAGGCACAGUCAAGGCAUUUUAUGUAAAUUAUGUCAUUUUCCCCAUGGUUCUUGGAAUUGUGUCCAUCUUUCUCUGGUCUAUGAUUAAACCUCAUUAAGGUGAGAUGCAUGAGACUAUUUAGAUAAGAAUACAGAGUGCCUGAAAGAUUAUCAGCUGCUAACAAUGUUUUUUGCUUAUUCUUGUGGUUUUAUCGCCCAGCUUGCUUUCUGAUGGCUGCGUGGGUUAAAAGAAAACCAUUGGGAUAUGUCACCAUCAAAGUAGAUUGAAAAAAAUUGAGAAAAGAAGAGCAGAUAUAGAAAGAGACUCCAAAUGAUCUUGUCCUACCUAGAAUCCUGAGUUUAUUAAUGGUUUAGCUUUCUAAACCAUCACCUUUUAUGCUUGUAAGAUUAUAUAUCAAUAUGUAUAUGUAAAAUGUGUGCAAUAAAUAGGGGUGUGAAAACCCCCAGAAAUUUGGGGAUGGACUGCCAUUCACUAAGAAGAUUCUUAACUGAGAUACUGAGGUGUGUGCCGUGUAUUGAUGGCCUUAGGCUUUCAAGUGUACUGUGCAAUGUCUAGGUGUGAUGUCCUUCCCACACAUAAUUAUCAUGUAAUUUAAAAUAUAUACAUUCAUAUUACCCUAAUCCCACUUGUCCCUGGUGCGGCCCACACUUGGCAAUAUACUACAGGGUGCGAUCUAUAGAACUGAGGCAAAUUGGCUGAUGCUGUGAUCUGUUCAUUCAGCAAAUUUGUGACAUUCUAUCUGCGCUCUUACAGGGCAGUGUGUUGUUAUGAUGAUCUGUCCGUAGGAUCAGGUCUCACAUAUCUAAAGCUAGCACUUGUGCUAUGAGUAGAUUGCUCUGGAGGAUGCUUAGUGAAGGCACUGGGGAUGUACUAAUACAGGGGGACGUAUAGAGCAUCCUAUACUAAUGUAGGUUCAGGUAUGUAAAAAAACAAAACAGACUUGCCUCUGCAGCACUUCUGUGUCCAAUGAUGCCUUGCACAUGCAGCCUUGAUGUCUUGCACAUGCAGCCUUGUGUAGUCUAAAUACAUUUUCAUGGAAUUUUUGUGUCAAGACAACCAAGUAUACAGUGUGAAUUGAAUAAACAACCAAACAAACAGUGGUUAAUAAUUAAAAUAAAUGAAAUUGCACAGCCCUUACCUAGCUUUUUAGUUAACUGAUAGGUUGUGCAAAAUACUAAGAUACGAUUGUUUUGCUUUAAAAUUGCUCAACUUUUGCUCUAUACAUUAUAAAACAAUAUUUCAAAGCCAAGUAUCUUGGCAUAUUGAUUUCCAGAUGGCAAACAAUUUCAUAGAUUGAUAGUACCAUUUACUUUGUUUUUUAAUUUACAUAUAUCAAAUAUGUGUUCUAAUUCUCAAACAUUUGCUACAUUGUGAGAAUGGUAUAAAAUAUGUACUGCAGCGUUUCCAUAAUGCUGAUAAAGCUAAAUAUUUUUCUGAGGCCUAUAGGCGCUAAAAUCCAUUUUCUAGAAUCUCAUCUUUAACUCACAGCUUACUGUGAGUUAUGAUGACUCAGUGGGCAGAGAUUUAAACUACUGUUACUAUUAAAAAAGAAGUGCAAAAGUGAGAACAAUCACUGUGGAAACCAGGUUAAUCCUCAUGAACAUGCAUUGGCUCCCAACAUGCAUUAGCUCCCAUUAUACACACCUCCCAUGUGUAAUGGGGAUAGGAUAGGCGGAGCCACGUAGGGGACAUGUCCAUGAUGCAUAUUUUGUCACUGAACUUGUGCAUACUGUAAAGGGCUAUACUGUUCUGGGGUACAUGGCUUGCCAGCCUUGCCCAUGUACUCUGUGCUGGAUAACCCUGAGUUAACUUAGUGCAGCAGGGGCAUGGUAAUGAUCCGUGCUCUCUAAUUUCUAACGACUUUUGUCAUUUAUGGCACUAUGAGGAUUCCGGUCAACUUUACACUUGUCUGCCAACAAUGUUUUGUGUUAAAUAUCUACAAAGUAUUGAAGUGUUGUUGUACAAAAUUCUUUAUAUCCUAAAUUGUCUUGUCAGAUUAUUAAACAUAGGUUUUAUUUGUUUUUAAUAUGGACCUUAAAAUGACAAUGGCCCUUUUUGCAGUCACUUUAAAUUUGGCUUGUUCUACUUGAUUUUAAGUUGUUUUCCAUAACUGGUAUUUUGUAGAGCGCUUUUAUUAGCAACGAUGUAGAGCCUAAUAUUUGGCACAAAGGGAGUGCAUGUGCUGUCCUGGGCAUAUGCUUUGCAAUCUGCACCAGUCUGUUGUUUGGUUGUACAUAUUUCUGGGCGUAUGGUGAGCUUUUAUGUUUGAUGACUGUCUGCAAUCAUUUCUAUCAGCUCCUGGCUUUUAAAUGGUAUAUCUUAAUUUCACAUCUCUCCUGUGAGACCAUCAUCUAAACCAUGGGUCGUCAACCUGGUCCCUACCGCCCACUAGUGGGCGUUUUAGGAUUCCAGGUGGGCGGUAGGGAUUUCUGAGGCUAAAUCCUCUUUUUAAGAGGAUUUCUCCUUUUGGGCGGGCGCGAGCGGCUCUGCAUGCGCAAGUCUUCAGUGACCGGCAGGAGGAAGCGCUCCCUCCUGCCAGGCCACCUUCUGGACCCCCGGCAUGGCAGCGUUCUAAUCAGUCGCGGCGAGGGAGCUCUAACCUCUCUGCUCUGCUCCCUCGCGCGAUGUUUGCUGAUGCCGCGGGAGCCGGAAUAUGAUGUCAUAUUCCGGCUCCCGGCAUCCGUAGACAGUCCGCGAGGGAGCAGAGCAGAGAGGUUAGAGCUCCCUCGCUGCGUCUGAUUAGCCGCCCGCCUAAGUGAAGCCCCACUGGACCCCAGGGACAGAUCCACACCAGCUCUCCAGGUAGGGAGGCUGGGUGGAUAUUUAAUAUUAAUAAUUUGUGUGUACAUGUGUUUGUCUCUAAGUGUGUGUGUGUGUGUAUGUGUGUGUGUCUGUAAGUGUAUGUGUGUGUGUCUGUAAGUGUAUGUGUGUGUGUCUGUAAGUGUAUGUGUGUGUCUGUGUCUGUAAGUGUAUGUGUGUGUCUGUGUCUGUAAGUGUAUGUGUCUGUCUGUAAGUGUAUGUGUCUGUCUGUAAGUGUAUGUGUCUGUCUGUAAGUGUAUGUGUGUGUCAGUAAGUGUGUGUGUGUCUGUGGGUCUGUCUGUGCAUGUGUGAGUGUCUGUAAGUGCAUGUGUGAGUAUGUGUAUAUUUGUGUGUAUGUGUUUCAAUGUGAGUGUGUGUGUGUGUGUGUAUGUGUUUGCCUGUGAGCAGAGUACUUGUAGAAUAGAAGAAAGAAGGUGCAGAGUACUUGUAGAAUAGGAGAAAGAAGGAGUAGAGUACUUCUAGUAUAGGGGAAAGAAGGAGUAGAGUACUUCUAGUAUAGGGGAAAGAAGGAGUAGAGUACUUCUAGUAUAGAGGAAAGAAGGAGUAGAGUACUUGUAAAAAAGGAGAAGGAAAGAAAAGGAAAAGGAGAGAAUUGUUGUUGACUAAUAAUAGUAAGUGGGCUACCUAGCUCAGCCUUCCUACUGGGCAUUGCUAUAAGGAAGGUUAAAAAAUAGAAAAAAGGGGAAAAAGGUGGGAAGGGGAAUUGAGGAGGGAGAGGAGGGGAGCUGACGCACAGAUGAGAAAUCAUUUUAUGAGCAAACAAAGAAGUCUUCCGAUUAUCACUGAAAGAGGAGACCUUCGUUUGUUCCUUAUGAAAAUCGAACCAGAUAUCAAAUAUUUAGUCUCGCAGCAUCAACCUCAAGGAUCUCAUUAAUCACUAGUAAAGGUAAGUUCAAUUUACUUUAUUGCUUCCUCAUUAAACUUUAUAAAGUUAAAAACAUUAUAAACAUGCAUAAAGUAGAAAUAAAAAGAUAAAUGUACGUUCAUUUAUGUAUUUUUUAAAACACCCUCCUUUCUAAAAAAUAUUCCGCGCUUGCGCGAAAACUGGUGGGCGGUAAGGAAAUUUUUCCAUCAAGAAAGAUGCAUUAGUGGGCGGUAAGUGGAAAAAGGUUGACUACCACUGAUCUAAACAGUGCUUUCAGUGUGACGGUGAAACGUAAGCAAUGAUUAUGAUUUAGCUCUUAUGAGCAGGGCCCUCGAUAUCCUCUGUUCCAUUGUGUCUAUCUCGUUUAAUAGCAAUUACUUGUCAGUUAGUCUACCUAUUGUACAGAAUUUGUUGGACCUUUAUAAAUAAUAAUAAUAAUUCUGUUGGCAAAUUAUUUAUGUAAAGAUAAAUUAUGACGUAAACCCAACCCUCUUGUGGUGACAUCACCUUUGAUCCUUUACACUUUUACAACGAAGAAUAACAAGUUUGCUAUUAGAAUCUAAUUAUGCAUUUAUGUAAGGUUAAUUAUGCAUCUUUUUUCACCUUCUUUCAAAGUUGCUAUCUGAAAAGGCACAGACAGGGCAUUUUAUGUUAAUAAUGCAGUUUUUCUCAUGGUCCUUGGAAUUGUGUCCAUAGUUCUCUUGUCUAUGAUUAAACCUCAUUUAGCCAAGAUGCAUGAGGCUAUUUAGAUAAGAAUACAGAGUGUCUGAAAGAUUACCAGUUCGCAAUAAUGUGUGUUUUUUCUUGCAGUAUUUUCUUGCAGUUUUAUGGCCCAGCUCAUGGCAAUUUAGAGCAAUGUUUGGCUCAAUGAUACAAUGAUGUGCACAUGUUCCAUCAUUGAUGCUUUGCACACAACUAUAAACCUAAAUUCUUAGAUGCAGCUCUCUCUCCAAAACACCUAUAAAUUAUGUUAAAGGAGCACUCCAAGGAUCUCAACAUCUUCAGUAGUGGUUUUGGUGCCGGAAGUGCCCUUACUCCACCCCAUUGUAAGUAUUCAAACUAUUUUAGAACGGUUUGACUGGUGCCUGCUCCCUGCCUUCACUACUUCUUGGUUUGGACAAUAUUAAUUGACCCAGCCAUUAGCUGAAUUCUGAAGUUCCUGUUUAUCACUCAGAUUGAAAGGAUCGCGGGCACCUGGUACAGCAAGGUCAGUGUUAAACCACUUGUAAACAGUUUGACAAAUUAUCAUUGGAUGGUGGCUGGAGACUCCUGGUCCAUAACCACUACAACACAAUGUUGUAGUUAUGGAACUUCGUUUAAUAACCUUGGAAAUUACAUCAGCAUCUAAUUCAGCCCUGGUACAGCCGUGGCACACAUUGCAUUGGAGGAGAAGCAGUGGUCAAUGAUGGUUGAGCAUCCUACAAUUCCUAGCAUGUGAAUACAUAUUAAGGGUUGUGGAGUGCUCCCCCACAUCAUUUAGUGCAGAGCUUAUCAAGCCAUUAAUGACCCCCGUGUUUACAUGAAAAAUGUAUAGUGAAAUUUUCAUAUACAUCACAUUGGAGAGAUAUGUAUUGGUUAGAAUCGUAUGCCCAAACUCUGGGGGUUGAAGAGGUUGACUAAAUUCGUUAUAAAAUUAAAGGGAAUUUAUAAUCCCAAAAAUUACAAUUGUUAUUUCAGGACUAUAGAUUCUCUUCUGUCCACCCCUUUUGAGUUUAAAAAUUUACGUUAAGCAAGCCACUGCAGCUCCGCAUAGAAAGCAGGGGAAAAAAGCGUUUUUCACGGGCACUAACCGGCAAUACCGAGCACCCAGACAUUGCACCCGUAUAUUUAACCACCAUGGGAUGUAAGAAAAAAACAAACAAACCGGACCGACCAAACCUGGGGAUGAACAUCGGCAAAUUAUGGCGCCAGGCACAUGGCGCGAGCAGGCCCAAGAUGGCCGCGUUGUCAGGCGGCUGUUCCGAUCUCUCGGACGACCUGGCCUCAGAGGAGGAUGAGACUUUCUUGCACACACCGGCGAAACCCCUGCCAAAACAGACAGAACCGGACACAUCCCUGGUCACAAUCUCAGUCCUGACGGGUCUCCUUGCGGAACUACAGACCACCCUACAAGCUGACAUUGCCAUGAUACGAUGGGGUCUGCAGGGCCUGAUAGACCACAUCGAAACAAUAGAAGUAACUGCUCACCAGGACUACCAUCGGAUAUAGGCGCUGGAGCAGGUGGUACAGGACCUCCAACGGCAAAAUCAGGCCCAUGAACGCCGCUCUGCGGCCCAAGAAGACCUAUGCCGACGGAACAACCUGGAAAUCAGGGGGGUACCCGAUGUGGUCCCCAAAACGGAGCUGCUGCACUUAAUAAGGAGAAUGAUGGGAGACUUGCUGCCACCAAAACAGGCCAAAGCCCCAGCAACCGCAUCGAGUGACCUGAUCAUUCAAUUCCGGAACGGAGCAGACAAUACGGCAGUCCUGAAGGCACUCAGGGGUAAGCCACACUACCGCUUCGAAAAUAUGGCCAUAGAAUUCUACAGCAACCUAUCAGGCAGCACAAUGGCCUGGCGGCGGUCACUCAAGCACCUCACCUUAUUUUUCCAACAGCGCAACAUUGGAUACCACUGGUGCUUGCCCCGCACGCUCCAAGUGACACAUGGAGAGACUACCUACCCUUUCCAGAACCUACGAAAUGCAGCCGCACUCUUAAGGGACCUAGGACUCCCGCAGGACUAUCUAACACAGCCACAGCCGCAACCCACUAACAGACCUUCGCACAACUGGGACCCAAGCAAGGUCACUCCGUUCACCCCAUGAAAACCCACAGCGGAAACGUAUGUUACAGCAACCACAUGAAGCCCUGUGAGGCUCUCUGACCGGGACUGAGCAUGAUUGUGACGAUUCCCUUAUUGCCUCUUGUUACUAUUUUAUGUUUUAUGUUCCUCGUUUGGUCGGAUUUCUUACGACAUAUUAAACUGGGCACUAGAUGCCUGUUAACAGGUAUAGCCCUCACACUGUCAUGGCCCCCUUAGCCCCAGCCGUAGAGCCCCCUCACCUCAGACCCUUUAUAAUUAAAGGGCCUUAAGUCAGCAACGCAUAUAAGACACACGCUGCACCCGAUGAGCUGGAUAGCAAGCUAACUUAUGUUAUUUAUUUUUAUUUUAAGAAUGAUUUAACCUGACGGAUGCUUCCCCCACACUAACAGGGCGACCAGUGCUGGCACAGACGAAAGGGCACCCAUAAUAGCGCAGGCGAACUCACUUAAACUAAAGUUUAACCUAGGGCUCUUACCUGCCUAAGCUGCUCGCUCACCGCGGAGAAUCACUUAUCUACCCGGGCACACAGACCUGCAUAAACGGACACCUAACCCUGGGACUAAACGUCAAGAAGGGGUCCGGAGGACACCUAGCAUCAGACUCUUUAGGUAACACUACACACAGGGGACAGCCCCUAACCAGCCCCAACCUUAUGUGUUAUAACCUAUGCUUAAUUGUUUACUUUUCAUUUAAUUAUAUUUCAUCGAAAACGGAACUGUACCACACAUACCAAUCACACUCACUAUUAAUGCUGAUGUUUUUUUCUAGUUUAAAAUUGUACCUCAUCUUGUGACACAACUUCUCCAGCUUUAGCCUAAUAUUAUUAGGAAAAUGUGCUGUCAAAUCGCAUGCCAUGUCAAACCAGUUGUCUCUAAUUAGCUUGCCAAUGCUGUUGUGGCACCGCAAGAAAAAUGUUAACUGUCUAUACAUGCACAAGAAAAAUAAAGAAUUAAAAAAAAAAAAGUUUACGUUAAAUAACUACCGUAUGACUCACCUUGUUUCCAGCUCCAAGACUCUUAUUCGAAGGAGGACUGGAGACUGCAGUAGAGAUCAGCAUGUUUGCUGACGUCUUCGCGAUCACCUCCAAUCCAUUGAAAGCAACGAAUUGGAUGUGCGCGUGUAUGACCAAACGCUGCGCUCCUCCAAUUAAAUCCUGCUAGAGGAAGCGCCUACAGUGGCCGUCAGGAAGAUAACCACUAGAGGUGGAUUUAAUCUUAAAGAAACAAACAAAAAAAACACCUGCAUUUUUUAACGAUUAAAACUAAAGGAUCACUGCACCCAAACCUUUAUUGAGAUGAACACAAACUGUUGGGCUAGGUCUAGGCAGGUGACUUUAUAGGUAGCGUCUUCUUAACAUAGGCUUCUGUUUACGCAAAUCAAAUAUUCAUGUAAUUCAAGACUAUGCAUUGUAUCAUUUGCUGCUGACUUUACUUAUGUUUGGGGUUCUUGGUAAAUUAAAACUUCUAUGUUUUUUUUAACUUAAUUUUAGAUUUUUGGUUUUCAAUUGCAUUCAAUGUUUUGUGAAUAAUCCACAAGUUUGCAAAUGUUAUAUGAACAUAUGACACAUUUUUUGUGGGUUGUUAUUCUAAGCAUUUUUUAUUUUAAUUUUCAUUUGCAUGCACUUUCUCACCUAAAGAUUCUCUCGCCCUUGCCCCCCCACACUCCGGAUAUUUGUGAAAUGUGAAUUUGAGAACCGAUGUGAAAUAUUUCACAUGAGGAAGAAAUGUCUAAAUUUUCGCUGAAUCUUCUCGCACUCAUUCCUGGCACACUGCAGUAAUACAAUGAUACGUGGUUUCAAUUUGGAGAAUAAAAACAUUGUGAAACAUCCAUCAACAUGGGGAAAACCUAAGACAAAUAUAUAUUCAGUUUAACAUUUUAUUAUAUUUCAGAAAUUCAAAACAUAGAGAAUAUUUAUUUUUUGGAGGAGACUAUAGACAAACAUAAAGUUGCACACUUUGCUAAAGAUUAUACUCCCCGUGAGAAAAUACAGGCCAUACUUCUUAUGUAUAAUUUAAAGAGACACUAUAGUCACCACAACAACUACAGCUUAAUGUAGUUGUUCUGGUGAGUAUAAUCAUUGCCUUCAGGCAUUUUCAUGCAAACAGAUGGCCACUGGAGAUGUUUCCUAGGGCAGUAUUGCAUAGUAGGCAGCGCUGCCGUUCAGCGUCUCCACGCUCUGCAUGGGGAUGCUGAAUUUUCCUUUAUAGAGAUGCAUCUCUAUGAAGAAGUGCUGAUUGGUCAAAACGGCGUUUCGCCCUGCCCCCAACCCGCAUCCUUGCCAAUUUUGGCCAAUCCAGUGCUUUCCCUAUGGAAAAGCAUUGGAUUGGCUAAAAAUCAGCAAUUCUGCUGAUGUCAUAAAGGGGGCGGGGCGAGCACCUGCGGACCCGCGUGGUGCUGGAAAAACAGUGAAUUUAAAAAAAACAUUUUUUGGGGGGGGCUGAUGGGGGCAAGCCACCUAAAGGGUGGGUUUAACACUAUAUGGUCAGGAAUACAUGUUUGUGUUCCUGACCCUGUAGUGUUCCUAAUUUAAGAUGAAUUUAAAAAAAAAUAAAAAAAUCAAGGGACCAAAUAUGAAUAAUUUAAAAGCAAGUUUAGUAAAAGACUAAAAUGGACUUUGUGAACAUUUUUUUCUGGGGGGGAGGGGGGGAGGUUUAUGCCUGUCUUCAGUGAUUUUGUUGGAGGUUUUUCAUUUAUACUUCUUAAUUUGUUCUUUAUGUAAUUGUAUCCUUUUUAUUGACUUAGUAUGCUUUUUAUAUAAUAUUUAUCUGCGUACUUAAUUAUUUCUGUUAGUUGGCAGAUCAGGUUUUAAACCGGUGGUCUCCAGAUUUACGUUGUUUUUUACUGUCACAAUUUAAAAGCAAGACAUGCAAAGUGACAGAACCACUUUAACCUUAUGUGCCACUGGUAUCAGUUUUUCUAAACUCUAAUCUUAAAGGAACACUCAGGUCUGUACCAGGAAGGGACUCUAGUGGCUGUCUGAGUGAUGGCCGCUUGAGGUAUCCCCAUAUACAAUAUAAACCCAGCCUUUUCUGAAGAACGGCACUGUUUGCAUGGCUGAGACGGCAGCUGUAGUGGUUCUGGUGCUUAGAGUGUGCCUUUAAUAUUAAUACCUCGUUCGUAUCUCUUGUAGGUUUUUAGAUCACCCUGUGAUUGAUUCAGAUAAUAUAUUAGUAUCUUGCAUCCAUCUAACACAAAGUGUACUGCAAGUGAACUGCAGCCAUCGAGCGAGGCUCAGAUUACAAGCUAUUCUUGGCCCCAGGAAUCAGAGUAUAGCGUCAGGAAUGGCUAAGUUUGCCAUUCAUGGAGCCACAGCGAUGUUUAUUUUAACAAUGUGAAAUCCAUGCAGACACAGGCUUAUUGAUUAUUAUUUUUUUCUAUAUAGAAAGGACUCCCUUAAGCUUAACAUUUUGAUCAGUGUCAAUUCUGAAAUGAUACAGGUCUCUGCUGUUGUUUUAUAGCUAUUGCUAUUGCUGAGGUAUCUUCUACCAUAGAGAAGUUAAGAGCAAAUCCCAUGUUUGAGAUAAUAAUGAUUUAUUGUAUGUGGAGUUUUUUUUAAUGCUAAUUAUCUGCUAAUAUUCUCAUUUUACUGACGAUGCCUAACAUAAAGUAAAAUGGUGGCUUUUAUAUAUUCUCUCACCUGUCUGUUUAACUUCAUGGUGGGUGGGUGGUGUGUCUAUUUACUUUGAUUGCAGCCUGGAGGUGACACUGUAAAUUGUGCUUUUUUUGUUUUAUUUUGUGGGCUUGCUUCACUGCCGCAUGUGUACAAUUUAGUAGAUCACGUGCACAAGCACCAUUCCUGUGCCCUGGAUAUAAUCUCAUGUGCACAAUUUAUUAAUUGGAUUGAGCACCAUAAAUUAACUGUGAUAUGCCCACAACAAUAUAAAGCGUACACCAUGUGCAUGAUUUAAAAAUAAAUAUAUAUAUGUAUACACAGACACCCUGUCACCUCUAGGGCUCUGUAAAGUUUUGUAAUAUCACGUUAUGAAAAAGCAAUGCUGUGAAAUAUGCAAAUACCUUAUUUCGUGAUCUUUUUAUACAAAUUAUGUUAGUCCACACAUGUACCAUCCCAAAUUCAGGUUCCUGCUCUGCAAUUCCAGGUUUAGUUCAUAAUCAGCAGUACAAGUACUGGAAUAAUCUCUGGACUGUCUGUCCAUGCUGAUAACAAACAAUUAAAAAACACUCUCUGCAUUGUCUGUCCUUAAGUGGGGGCUACCAAUGAGAGUGAAGCUCAGUUUGCUUUGCUAAGGUUGAACGUCGUAUAUGAAUUCUCCACAUGUGUUUUGAUAUAAUAUUUACAUCGUCAAUGUAAGUAUUAUGGUGAAAUCAUUUAGAAAGAACCAAUGCUUUAUACAGCUUUGUAUAAUAAAAUGGAAUGAGAUACACAUUGCUUUAAAGUGAACAAUACACAAGGAUAGUCACAUCUAAUGGGUGAUCAUUUUCCCCAUGAUGUAGUGUGGGGUUUCAUUGAGCUUGAUGGAGAUUCCAUAGUUUAUUCUUUUAUUUGGUUGAUCAGCUGCAGAACCUUAUAUAGCCAAUCAAGGUUUUUGUUUUGUUAGGGGUCUUCCUAAAAUCAUAGAGAGGCUGUGGGGAAGCAGCCAAUAAAAUUGAUUGUCUUGAUGAUUGCUCCACGUUUUAUAUUGGUGACUCUUUUCUGAAUCUGCCCCAUUAUUCUGUUUAUUGUACGCCUCGUUUAGGAUCUUCCUGAUAGGGUUGUGUAACAGAAUCUGUGAGAGGAAUGAGAGACACACCUUAUACCGGUAUCGUACCCUGGUUGUAUGCUUUAGGUGCAGGUUUUGCCAGUUUAUCAAGUCUUCGAAGUUAAAAACUGUCCAUUAAAAUAUUAGUUAUCAGAGCCUCAGGCUAAAAGCACAACACAUUUUGAAAGGCUUGCCUUGAAAUGAUUUUCCACCGUAGCACGUGAAUAAGUUGUUCUUCUAGUAUAAAUCAGGGCAUAUCGUAAAUUGAGGGCUUGGCACAGAGUGGCAUCAUGUGGAUUUUGUUAAUACCACAGACUUUAAAACGUGUUUUUAAAAAUGAGAAAUGGAAGAAAAAAAAAACUUAAAUUGCUUCCUUAUUUUUUUUCUUGCUAGCUUUUGUCAGUUUUUCACAUUUUAUGGUUUAAGUGAAUAAUUUGGUGAAUUUGAUAGUGUAUCCCUAUUUGAAUUUGGCCAUUCUUACUGUGGGAUUCCAUUAUUGUACACUCAAAUGCUAAGAGGGAUUGAUAGUGCUUCUAAGCUGCCUCAAGAUUAUUAAGGUUAUUCACUAAAGUGAAUUUCAGUUACAAACAAAUCAUGCAUUAGUCGAAUAACCGUGUCAGGGUUAUUUGAGUCAUCUGGAAAUCCAAAGAUCUAUUGAGCCAGGAAUAUCACCACACGCAAUGCUGCUAAAAGAGAGGAGGUUCCAUUAACGGCGAGGUGGUUUAUAUUGGGAUGCUGGCUUACUGCGCAUGGAUGAAAAUAAACAAAUAUGGGAAUGUAAAGAGACAGGUGUCAUUCUAGAUCAGUGGUUCCCAACCCAGUCCUCAAGUACCCCCUACCAGUCCAGGAUUCAGGGAUUACCCUGUUGUGUCUAAAGUGUUGUGUUUUUUUUCUUUCUUCUAAAAACACUUUAAACACAAUUGGGUAAUCCUUAAAUCCUGGACUGCUAGGGGGUAUUUGAGGACUGGGUUGGGAACCACUGUUCUAGAUGGUAGUGCUGAAAGGACAAAGUGGAGAAUGAGCUCUGUUCUCUCCUCUGUGUUGUAAUUUUGUUUGCUCAGAAGGAGAUGCCAUGAACAUCUACUGCGAUUCUCCUGAGAAGAUGCCCUUACCUAUCCAAUGUCGCUCAUGAGAACUGGUGAAAAAUGCCAAAAAAUGACAGCCAGGGUUUAAUAGGUGUUACAUUUUUGCAACCUCCAAUACACGGGACACUGUAGUCUUUUAUUUAUCUUUUGAUUACACCGUAAUUUCACUGAAAAUGCACUCGCGGUGAGUGGAAGGGUUUGUUUUGAUUAUGGUUUCUUGUUUUCUGUUUGGUUGGUUUUAGUUUGUUUAGAUUUUUCACCUAUUACCUUUCUUUUGCUGUAGGUAUGCUGUUUACCUAUGCAUUACUUUUUAGAAAUCUCUCAGGCAUAAGUUGUUAAUCCAAAAUGUGUUGUCUCUGGUCUCUUGUUUUUUUUUUUAAAGGCUGAUUUGUAUGUAAAGCCACAUAUAAAUAAAUAAUACAAUUUAAAAAUGUUUUUUACAUAAAGAAUCGCAGAAGUAAUUAAGCUCUGUUAAAUGUGUGAAUAUUAAACGGACACUAUAGUCACUAUUUAUUUAUUUACUUAUUGGUGUUCCUUCAAACCAUGGAUCUCAAACUCUGAUUUCCCUGAUGUCGAUGGUCUACAACACACAGAAUUCUUUGCCUACAAGAGAUAACCAGAGGCGCUAUAUAAAUUGGCGAUAAUAAUAAUGAUACAACAAAAGCCAUUGAUGUGUUUUAGAAUUGUCAGUAUGUGUCGGCUCUUUUUAUAAAUGUCUUAAAACAGUUUAUUGGCCAGCAGUAACAUUUUAUGAGCCACAGAUCCCUCACUGCUGCCAAAUAUCGAAUCUGGUUAGUGAUCGAUCAGCAGCUCAAUUUGUGCAUUAAGAAGUCAAAAGAGCUAUUUGUUUCUCACAUGCAUCUAUGGCUGGUCAUUAAAUGAACACUCUAUGCACCAAGCUAGUUGUACCAAUUGUGAUGCAAGAAGUAUUUGGAUUUCUUGUUAAUCUGUUUUCAUCUUGCUAGCACUUCUGCUGAGGCUUCAGUAAAGCAUAAGUAUUACAUUCGUUUUAUGCGUCCAAAGAUGUCCAACCUUUGACUCCAGUGAUAGAUUGUGAUUGUAAGUUGUGCCACCCCAAACACCAGCAGCAACUUUUUCCUGACCAGACUUAGACAGGUGUGGAUUUAUAAUGCCAAAGUGAAACUUCUACGUUAUGUAAAGAAUUGUACAGAUACCCGAGGAGCUUAAAAUGCUUGUAUAAGUAACUGGGGAUACGAAAACUUUAUUCACCGUAACUAGUUGGAUGCUAGUAGUUAUGGUUAUUCGAGUAACCUUGUGAUCACCUACCAAUAUACCAAAAUAUCUCCACUAUGUUCCCCCUAUUUCAAGUUAAACAGCAAAACCAUACUUUAAUAUAUUUUAACUCACUUGGAAGUUUAUGAAAAGUUGUGCACUGGUAUUUUGUAAUAUCUGUUGAUAUGUGGAAAUAAAUAUUUUUUAUAGACUAAAUUUCACAAUUCCAGAUCAGGAAACACUCCUUGUCCAUUUUAGAAUACUUGUCUCUAGAAUGAUCUUCUUGAAGCUGGAGUACAACAUUAAAGGAACACUAUAGGGUCAGGAAACACAAAUAUGGAUUCCUGACGCUAUAGUGUUAAAACCACUAUCGGACUGCCCUCCCUCCCCCCAUCCUAAAUAUACUAAAAUCUUAUUCCAGUCUGCUGGUGCUGGCUCUGCCCCUGAUCUGCAUGCUUGGAUGACAUAAUCAGAAGUAUUGCUCAAUGCCAAUCAAAAUGCUUUCCCACAGGAAAGCAUUGGAUUGGCUGAGCUUGUCAAGGAGGCAGAUCAGGGGCAGAGCCAGCCUAAGCCAAUCCCAUCUCUUGAUAGAGAUGCUUUGAAUUAAUGCAUCUCUAUGAGGAAAGUUCAGCAUCUCCAUGCUGAGUGUGGAGACUUUGAAAGUCAGCGCUGCACAUUGUGCUGCACUGCCCUAGUAAGCAACUCUAGUAGCCAUAUGAGUGGCCGCCACUGGAGGUAUCCCUAAUUGUAAUGUUUACAGCAAAAAGCCUGAAGGAACUGAUUAUACUCACCAGAACAAAUUCAAUAAGCUUUAGUUGUUCUGGUGACUAUAGUGUCCCUUUCAAUGGUUUCCCACUGCUUGAUGUAAAAUACCAGUUUUCAAUGUUACAAAUGCUCUAACUAUAGAACUACUUUGCCUUUUAAAGGGACACUUCAAGCACCAUAACAAAGUGUAUUCAUUGCAUAGGUUCCUGCCAUUGUUUCACUGCAUAUGGUAUCUUGAGGUAAAUUCCACUGCCCAAAUACAAAAUAAAUAAAAAUCACUGUUUAGUAGAUAUAACUUAAAUGAAAACGUGUAUGCUUUUUUUCACUGGGGUAUAUCUAUAGACAGCUUGCAAAAACUGCAGUUCUCUUGUCUGCUGCCUUUGAAAAUCCUCACCCUCUAACUCCACCCAGAAUUUCUGUGGCUGUCAAGUUACAGACUUCCCAAUGCAUCUGAAUGGGAUGCCUUUGUAAGGCAGGUAUCCCUCGGUGCUGGAUCAGGUUCCUCCUGUGCCAACGUCACACCGAUUUGGAAAUCUAAUGCGCAUGCGCAGCAAGUGCAGUGAGCGCAUUGAAUCAAUGUCUUCCUAUGGGGGUUUUCAAGACCCUGGGCGUCCUCAUGUGAAACACCAGGAAGUGGCUCUAGUGGCUUUUUGGUAGAGAGCCACUAGGGUAGGUGUUAAACCUGAAACUGCACUACGUAUCAUUGCAGGGUUAAGGGGACAGGGUGCCUAUAGUGUCCCUUUAAGUUUUCAAUAUUUUUAUGCUUCCUGUAUGGCUUUUGAUUUGUUUAUUUUGUCUAGUCACGAGGAGAGACAGUUACCUGGUUGACAGCCAGCAACAAAGCAAGCAAAGCAAGAGUUAUGAUAGCGUGAGUGAUCUUUGGCAGUAUCAUUGACACAGGCUUGUCUCCUUUGACGUCACACAAAUUGCCAGUCUGCAAUGGAACAAUGUUUUUUUUCAAAAUCAAGUUUAAAAAAAGAAAAGCUUUGUUGGUUUUGCCAUACCUUGUCUUGAAACUGUAGAAGAAACUUUUUAAUUUCUGUCCUUUGAAGUCAUUGGUAUGUCUGUCAUUAUAGGGAUGGUUUGUUAAACUGGAACGGUUGAGUAUUGGCAAGUGAAUUGUAACACCAUUCUCGGCUUAAUGAAUAACCUUGUAUUUAAAGAAGUAUCCUUCCUUCUACUGUGGAGGCAGAGGUGGCACAUCCCAGGGCCUUUUAUUGCUCCGAACCUGGGAGCCAAGGAGUGCGUUAUUUGUUAGUCAUCUGAAAUUCUCUUGUGAGACUUUAGGAUAGAUUUUGGACAUUAUGAAUAAAAGUUGGUGGUAUUGCUUUUUGAAAUAUUACAUUCCCCCCCCCCCACACCAUUUUCUUAUAUAUAUAAAAUGAAACCACUAUUCAUUGUACAUUAUGCCUCUCAUAAAAAGGUGCCACAAUGUCCUUGGUGGAAAACUUGUGUAGGCAAUGAACAGCAUUGUUUUGAUAUUCCCACGCCACUUUAUGGAUAACCACAAAAUGUUCUACUGGUGACCAAGUCAACUUUUCAAUCAGUCAUGAAACCGUAUGACUUUAUAUAACAUGACCUGUUAGCUGAGGAGGUUGCUAUAUUGUUGCUGGACCGGCUGUGUCAGUGCGUAGCUAGUGAUAUAUUUAGAGUCUCCUGCAGGCAUAUUUAAGCAGUUAGUUCAGCCAUGGACAGGAAAAGUCUCUGGGUGUGUCUUGCAUAACUCAAACAGUUUGCAUGAUAACAAAACUCACUUUUCUUUUCGUUUUUUUGUUUUAUACCUGAUCAGAGUUCACUUUCGCUGAUCAACAAGAGCAGCUGAAAUCUGUUAUAGUGAAAGAAUUGUAUAUUUUAAAGAAUAAUCUUAGACUUGCACUCCCCCCCCCACCCCCCCCGAAUCUGUAUUUUAUUGAUUUGUAUAACAUACGGAGGAUACCGUGUGUUAAGUGCAGAUGGAGUCAUGUUAAGUUGCCAUAAAAUACAUAACCAAUGGAGUGAAAAUAAAGGAAGAGAACUAAAACAAAACUUAAUGGAAUGUAUUCACAUACAUUGUGCGGAUGGUUCUAUUUUCAGUAGCACUAAUAAGAUAUCUCCCCGUAGUGACUCAGCUUGGACUUUCUAGUUUGCCUGUCAAGUGCUGUACCCCUGUUUAGAUUCACUCUGUUCCAGACGGCCGCCAAAUACGUUACAUUUUUUGUCUUUGGGAAAUAUUGUCAAGGCACAUUUGUUCAUAUAUAUAAUUAAGUUUUAUACUUUCUAAUAGGUUUGGGAAGGAUGGGGGCAUAGGUUUUUUAAUAUGUGGUGCUAUGAGGUGGCGUGCUGCCAACAAGAUGAGUCUCUCGAAGCCCCAUCAGUGGGUGGGUCUCUCAGACAUUAACAGUAAAUAUUGUCUGGUGUUAUCAGAACCCUAGCGUGAACGUAUGAACCCAGACUCGUCGUUAAUUAUUAGGGACAGCCUUUUUGCAAGUAUCUUGGCAUAUAAUUUAGUAUCACUGAUAAGCAGUGAAAUUGGACUGAAAUUCAAACAUUGGGUGUGAGUUUUACCCAGCUUGGGCAGUAUGGCUAUAUGGGCUUUAAGCAUCUCAGGAGGUAGAGCACCCAAGGCAAAGCCUAGUUUGAGAUAGUUAGUAACCUGUGGUGCUAGCUCCCCGCCAAAGGUCUGAUAGCAUAGAUUCGUUAGCCCAUCUGGAUAUGAGGAUUUGUGGGCCGACAUACUAUUUAUUCAAUUAGUGACCUCUACAGUAGUAAAGGGCAUGGAUAGAUGCUCCACUUCAUCUGCAGGUAUAUUAGGUAGAGGCAACAAAUCUAAAAAAAGAUUGGAUAUCUUGGAAAGUGGGGGUUGUGAAUGGUGGUAUAGUCUUUAAGAUUGUAAAGUUUGAUAUAUUUGCUGCAAAUUCAUUCGCUAUUUCAUGUGGGGCAAGAAAAAUGUGUUAGCUGAAGGUUGCAAGAAACAUAGAGGCAAGGAUGGCACCUAAAUAGAGGAAUGGAAAAACAAAAUCUCAGUCACCUCCUCCUUGGAGGAGGUAAGUGGGAAAGAGUACAGUCUAACGGACUAGUGGCCAAAAAAAAGAGAAAACCCAACAUUUAUUAAUAUCCAUAGGAUUGAGCCACUAAAUCCACAAAGAGACCCUUGUAAGGGUAUACAAAGUGUCUGAGAGCCAGGUAAAUAGUUAUUGUCUAGUGGACAGACAAUUCCAGGAAUCUACUAAGGUGAAGCCCACUCCUAUCGAUAGAAUUAGAUAGGAGAUCUAAAGUCAAAGGUUUACCAUGGGUCACCACAACAGAGGGAUUCUAAAGAAUUCCAUCCUCCUGUUUUCCUUAAAUUAUUUUUUCUAGAAGGAUGACACCUACCCUAUUCCUUUGUGCAAAAUACUUGUGCUUGAAACUAGUUAAUAAGAAAGGUUAACUGCAUUAUUUCCUUUAGUAGUGUGAGGUAUUUUUGCUAUCUCUAACUUUUGGAGUAACUUGCAUGCCUGACGAUAAGCCCCCUUACGGAGGGUUUAUGAGCCAGCCAUUGUUAUGUGAAAAAUCCGGGAUAGAAUUGGUAAAGAAAUAGUGCCUGCCCGCAAAUAUCUAUCACUAUAUUAAAGAUCCGCCAUGUCCCUGUCCCUUUACCAGCAAAGGCUUAUGAUGGCAAUAACCGUAUUGGAGCAUGGUCAAACCAAGGGUUAUGGUGAUCAAACUUGUGAGAGUUGAGCUAUGUAUAAUGAAUCUGUCUAUUCUAGAGUAAGUGUUGUAUACAGCUGAGUGGUAAGUUUAAUCUACUUCUGUUCGAAAAAGCUCACCACGGGUCUACAAAAGUUUGUUUACAAAUAAUGGACAUUUGAUUGGCGAUUUUGCCUCUAGUAGACGUUGUCUUGUGGCCCACUAAGUGUGAGGAUGAGGAAUCCAUUUUGUGAUGAAGCAAAAAAUUUGUGUCACCUCCACAAAUUACUUCCUUGAACUUAAACCUCUCUACAAAUGCAAAGACGUGUGACAAAUUGAGACUGGUUAUUGUGUAGUCCGAAGACUUGAAGUAGGGUUUAAGGCAUGUUCUUAAUGUAGCACUGGAGAAGUAGAUGGCAACUUUCCUUAUCACCUAUUUUGUGCACCAAUGAGAAUGUGACUUGCUUGCUAACAAAGAUAUGGAUACCCCCUUUCUUUUUGAUUUAAAGCAAGAGUGGAAAUCUGUGGGAUAUGAUGAGGGAUUUAAUCGGGGCGAACCCCUAUUUACAGUGAGUCGAUUGAGAUAUAUAUAUAUAUAUGUAUGUAUAUGUGUGUGUGUGUGUGUGUGUGUGUAUAUAUAUAUAUAUAUAUAUAUAUAUAUAUAUAUAUAUAUAUAUAUGUGUGUAUAUAUAUUUAAAAAAAGGGGGGGGUUUAGACGCUUUGCAUUCUUGUCUCAUCUCCCCACUUUAACCUUUGGAUUGUAAGCUCACGGGUAGGGUCCUCUACCUGUUGUAUCGGUCUGUUCUUAUUGUGUUUGUCUUUUUCCCCAUUGUACAGCGCUGCAGAAUUUGUUGGCGCUUUAUAAAUGCCAGUAAUAAAUAAAUAGGCUGAGGCUUACCUUGGUCCAGGGAGUGGGGGAAUCCUGGUGGCCUGGUGGGAGAUGUUUCUGUCCAGUCGAAUGUGCAGAUGCUCUUUCUGUCCAGACGAAUGUAUCAGAGCGUUGCUGCGAUAACUCUGCAACUGAUGCAAUAGAAAUAUCAGGGCUGGUGAGAGAGAUUGAAUAUAGCCUUUAACUCCGACCGACAAGAUCUCCCUGUUGGGUUGGCCUCGCUGAGGAGAAUGGACUGGCUGCUGAGGAAGCUCUUUGAAUUCUCCAUCACCCAUGCUGCCCUGAGGCCGUGGCCUUAUGGCAAAUCCGGCCCUACUUGUACCUCGAUUUUAAUAUUUUUAGAUAAACUUUCAAAAUGCUUUAAUAUUAUAAGCUUAUCAAGCAAUAUUAAAUAUAUGCCAUAUUGGUGCUGUUGACCACAUCUCCUCCAUGAAUAGUUAGCUAAAUUAUUUUUUUCCUUGACUCUGCUGUUUUGGCUUAACCAUUUCAAAUCUGUUCACAACUUGCUUAGUGAAUUGACCCUGUUAUGCCACAGAUUUUAAUCUUUUAUUUUAAAGAUGAUUAUUUUUUAUUUUUUGGCGUCUGUUUAUGGUUAUUGGAGACUCAAUCUUUGAGCUGGUGUUUAGUGUUCCCAAUCCCCAUGUGCCAACGGUGUCAUUAAUAAAUCUCCUGUAAAUAUCAUUGGAGUUGACGUUAGCAUUGAGAAUCUGGUAGUUUGUCGGGUACUGUAGAGAUUAAAAAAAAAAUAAAAAAAAAAUUCACAUAUGCCUGUUACUUUUUAUUAAUGAGAAGGUCACUGGGUUUACUGAUCACCUUUUCUUUUUCCAGGUCCAGCAACAGGUACAUCCCAACCAGUCUGCAAAAGAGGACUCCUUGUACUAUAUAGAGGAACUUAUUCUCCAGCUUGUGAAUAAACUAUGCAUUGCUCAGCCAAGGACUGUUCAGGAUGUGGAGGUAAGGGGAUCAGACUCUACCAGCAUUUGCCAGUUACAAACAUGCAUGUUAGAUUUUUCUCCUAACUCCCGUUCUCCUGAUUCUUUGUUACUGAUUGUGCAGCACUGGCAUUCAGUGUCCCUCUGAAUGUUCCUCAUAGAGAUGCAUUUAUUGUAUAAGGAAAUGCUGAUUGGCGCAGCGUGGUGUCUAGCAGCGCAUGCGCUGUAGUCUCCAAAUGCUUUCCUAUGGAAAAGCACUGGGUUGGCUGAUAUCAUCAAGAUUGUUGAUCUCAGCCAUGGAGGCAGAGCCAGCCACAGUGGGACAAAAGGUUAAUAAUAUCAACUUUUUACUGCGAUUGGAGGGGGGCCGGUACCCUAAACAGACACUUUAAGAAAACAGUGUCAUACCGGUUUGCAUGCCUGACAUUAUAGUGUUCCUUUAAAAGAAAUCCAAUGUUGAAUAAAGGAAACAAAAUGAAAGAUAUCUGCUAAUUAAAUUGCAGAUUACUCUGUAAUUGUGUUGGGGUUUUAGACUUUAAGACAAGCCUUUAGCUCCACCACUUAGGAACAUGUGCACGUUAACAGUUAGGAGAAUAAGAAAAAAAAUUAAUGGGAAUAGCUUUCAACUAUACAUUUGCAAGUUAUUUUACCUGCACAAUAUGAAGGUAAUACAUAAUCGUGUAGUACAAGAUUUAAAUGUUGUUCACAAUUACAACAGGGAACUAAUAGAUUAUUAACUUCUCUUUUGAGUAACACCUUUUCACGUCCUUGCAUAUAUGUGGAAGAGAGAGGAACUUACUUGUGAUCUCCCUCCACCCUUAUCCUGUCUGCUUGCCUGUGAGGGUGGUCUUCCGAUGUUUAAUUGAACUAUGGCCUGCUUAUUGUUUUAAUGCCACUCCAUGAGCGGCCAUAUCUAUCUCGCAGCCACUGUUACAAUAAUCUUCAGAUUACGAAAAGCCCAGAAAUAAGCAAAGUGGAUCCAUUUGACAGUCACCAGGGCUGAAAUUCCACAAAACGAUGGCUAGUGGACAAGUAGGAAAUUUUGAGCUCUGAUAUUUUUAAAUUAACAAUAGACUACAAUUUUAAACCUGUUUCUGUUUGUGGUGUUAAAAUGUUAUUUCUUAAAGCCAGUAUUUGCUCUGAUACCAACAGGUUACAGGUUUUCUGUUUCAUCUCUACAAUAAGCCUACUGAACAUCAAAUCCCAUCUGCUGGCUGUGGGCCUCUUCUGUAAUAAACACAAAGUUAGACAUCUAAUUAUUAUGUAUAAAAUGCCAACAUAUCCGCAGUGUGGAAUGAGAGUUUUCCAAGUUACUGCUUGGAAACUAUAUGGUACACACUCAGGUAUACUGAGAUUGAGGAAAAUUUAGAUUGAGAAAUUUGAGUCUUGAGAAGGGACUGUCCAGCUAUACAUUGGCUAAUCUUUACACCAGAGAGUACAAUUUUUAGGAGCCUUUUCUGGUAUUCCGACCCCAAGAGACACAUCCUUUAUAUUGGAUGAUCUGUAAUUUGAAUUAAUUUUUAUUCACAUAGGAAAGAGUUCAGAAAACGUUUCCCCAUCCAAUUGAUAAAUGGGCUAUUGCUGACGCUCAGGCUGCUAUUGAAAAGCGGAAGCGAAGGAAUCCCCUGCUUCUGCCUGUCGAUAAAAUACAUCCCCUAUUAAAGGUAAUACGGUUAUCUUGUUUUUUUAUGUUUAUUUGAAUGCCUUUAAUAGAUUAACUGAUGUUUUUGGAUGUUAAAAGGUGUUGUGUAUACCCUUUUGGGUGCAUGGGCACGCAGCUAAGAGAGUGAUUUCUGUCAUUUGCAUCAGCAUGGCUAGCAAAAUGCCUGCAAGUCCUAAAACUGUAUUUGAAAGAUAUGUUUUUGAGCAGAAUGUAAAAUAGGGACAAAAUCUAUAUAAUUGGAAGAGUAAAUUGCAACUGUCUGACAGUCAGCAGAGAUGGGCAAGGGGGGGGUGGGAGUAUUUUAUUGACUGCAAGGACAGGAAGUUGAAGCAGAUGUGGAACGAAGACUGGCUCUUGCUAUACUGGAUCAGACAGUAAAUAAAUAAAUACCCACACGAACACUGCCAUUUGUCAUUUUAUUGGGGCUCUGUAAUAGUGUGUUCCAUGCUGAGUACAAUUGUAUGUUUUUUAAAUUCCUGGCACUCCUGAAUCUUGUAACCAGUACUAAUAAGUGUGGUGUAUUCCUAACUUGCUUUUUUAUUCUUUUUAGGAAGUGCUUGGCUAUAAGGUAGAUUACAAUGUGUCACUUUAUAUGGUGGCUGUGCUGGAAUACAUCUCUGCUGACAUUUUGAAGCUUGCUGGAAACUACGUAUCCAACAUACGGCACUUUGAAAUCUCUCAGCAGGAUAUUAAAGUGUCCAUGUGUGCAGAUAAGGUAAGAACACUGAGCAUUGGAGAAGAUGGAUAAAAAUGUAUUGUUAUAAAAAAGUAUAGCAACUGGAAUAAGAGUAGUGUCUGCGUGAAAUGAUUACUGUGUACCAGUAGUCAAAACGUGACCUAAUUAUUGUAUCUUCCCAAUAUUAUAUUUACCCUAUAGUUAACAAAUAUGUGUUUGUGCGAUCUGAAAAUAAAAAUUAAAUGCAGAAAUUCACACUGCUGUGUAAUGGAACUGUGUGCCUCUAUCUUGGCUCCCUUCUAGUUAUUGUUUGAAGCCGUGCAGUUUUCUGUCAUUGAAAAUAAUGAGAGAAACCGAAGCAAUGAAGGCCCUGUCUGUGCCAUGACUUAACAGGAUUGUUGUGGCACGUAAAUUGUUUAUAAUUUUAUAUCUCCCCAACAGGUGUUAAUGAACAUGUUUGAUCAGGAUGAUGACAUAGGCCUUGUCGCCCUUUGUGACGAGGAACCUGCCACAACUGGGGAGUUGAAUUACUACGAGCUUGUUCGGACUGAGCUUGCUGGAGAGCGUCAGUACCUGCGUGAACUAAAUCUCAUCAUCAAAGUAUUUCGGGAAGCCUUCCUUUCAAACGAAAAGCUCUUCACACCUUUAGUGAGUUUCUUAUUAGAUCACAUGUCCGGAAUCGCUAACUAAUAUUUAUUUUUUAUUUUUUUAUCAUUAACGGUCACCCAAGAUUUAGAUAUUGUGAUCUUAUUUCAAGGCAGCCACCUUCAUGCUGAAAAUCAUCCAUGUAUGCAAGCGGUAAUUACAACUACACAGUUAUGGCCUGGGUAGAUGACUAUAUUGCUGUGUUUUGGAAAUUGUUGUGAAUUCUAUGCAGUGGUAACUUGUACUGAUUUCUAGGCACAUGACCUAUCUAGGGACAUAUUGAUCAACAAGGUCACUAACCAGGGCAAAUACUUGUAUUCUAGUUCUGCAUGACGAGAAAAUAAGUCAAAUGUGUUGGAAUGUAUGAAAUAGCUGGAAAUAAACAAGCCCUGUGCAUGUACAUCAUGUAUGCGUGUGCUGUAGAGCUCUAUUGCAGUGAACUUUGUGAUGAGUUGCUAAGAACACACCAUAAUGUUUGGCAUUUAUAACAUUUGCUGUGUUGUAUUUAACUGCUUUCAGAGAAGCUCCUGGCAGUACAGUGUCUGUAAGUUAAGAAGGCUGAGUCGCACAUUGUGAGCAGCCAUACAAGUACGUGGAUAGGUGGAUAUGAAUCCAUGCUUUUCCAAAAUUAUAUAAGAUGGUAGCUUGAUAAAUUCAUGAGAUUUCAGUCAGUAGAAAUGUUUCUAAGUAAGUGAUUGUCAAGUUUCUAUUUUCAAAUCAAUAUUGCAGUUUGGUUCUCAGGUACGCAUACAUUUGAUAAUACCUGUACUGUUUUUCUAGGAUACAGAUACCAUAUUCAGUAAUAUUUUGGACAUCCAUGAAUUGACUGUAAAGCUUCUGGGUUUGAUCGAGGACACAGUGGAAAUGACAGAUGAGAGUAACCCACACCCACUGGUUGGAAGUUGCUUUGAAGAUUUAGCUGAGGUAGGCUCUUUUGCUACAAAUUUUUUAGCCUUGGUAAGAGACUUUCUACCCUCAGACUAACUUCCUCUCUAAAAAUUUAUUUUGGGGGCUAGAGUCCCUGGGUGUCAUCAGGCCUUAAAAGGAUACACUAAGCACCAAAACAACUUUAGCUUAAUUAAGCAGUUUUGGUGUAUAGAUCAUGCACAUGCAGCCUGACUGCCCAAUUCCAUGUCAUUUAGGUGUUAAAUCACUUUUGUUUCUGUUUAUGCAGACCUAGCCAGACAUCCCCUGGCUUUAAAACACAGCCUACAUGAAAAAAUAGUUUAAUUUUCAAUCUGAUGUGACAUCACACUGUGUUUGCUUUAGAAGUUUUUACCUCCUGCUCUGUUAAUUGAACUUUAAUCACACACAAAAGGAUCCUGCAGGCUGUUUGGACAUUAGUCUAUCUUUACAGAGAAUGUGUGGGGAGACUCUAGGUCACACCCAGGGAGGUGUGACUAGGGUUGCAUAAGCAAAGCGAUUUAACUCCUAAAUGGCAGAGAAUUGAGCGGUGAGAUUGCAGGUACAUGAUCUGUACACAAAACCCACUCUAUUAAGAUAAAAUUGUUUUGGUGCUUAUUGUGUCCUUUUAAGAUGUUAAACUGCACUUGUCUGUGCUGCCUUCUUCGUAUUCUCAACUGCCCUAAAGGAGCAGGAAUGGAAGCAGUGAACUCUUGGCCCCAAAACAACUUAUGAUAGCAGUUUUACAAUGGCAGGAAAGAUUACCUUUCACACAAUAACUUACACUGGGAAUAGUACUUCACCCCAGUAACCACUGUCCCAAAAAAGAUUUUACAUCAGAUUCCAUAUUUCCAGAUUUGUAAAGUUGCCGUGUGUUACAAUCAUAAAUAUAGGUGCAACAAAACCUCUACCACCCUUCUUAAUUAUACAAUAAUAGAGGGUUAGUGAUAUUUUGAAAGUAUGUAAUAAUAAUAGAAUAUAUAAUUGGUGAAGCUUUGAUUACUGUUAAUAAGAUGUUUAAGAGACCCCCUCUGAGCUCACCUUGGCCUGUACAAUUCUCAGGAACAGGCCUUUGACCCGUAUGAAACUUUGUCGCAAGAUAUCCUCGCUACCCAAUUUCAGGAACAUUUUAAUAACCUGAUGGCCAAGCCUGCUGUAUCCACAUAUUUUCAGGUGAGCAUUUUCUUGCUUUUAUUAUUAAUAGUUGUUUAAUAGCAAUAUAGAACGGUAAGCUAGAAUAACCUUCCAUAACAUUAAGCCCUAUAAUAUUAUUACACAAUACAAAAUAAUCAAGCAUUAAAGUGUUGAAUAAAAAAAACUGUUGCAAAAUUGAUCAAUGAAUUUGUUACAGAAACAUAGAAAGUCAUCUAUAAUAUACAUCUAAUGAACUCUCCUAUAACAUCUAUAACAGUAAGCCAUAUAAUGCAAACACGUGAUGCAAUACAAUAUAUAAAGCUGUACAAAUAAAACCUAGACAACAGGAAACUGUAUGUAUGUAUGUAUAUAUAUAUAACCAAAGGCCAUGAGAUGACAAUAUAGAGCAAUUAUAUAAAACUAAAAGCUGUGGAAGGACUGAUAUGUAUGAAUAAAAAGUCUUUAAUUUACAAUGUAAGAGAAAGAGUUGUAUGUUGAAUAUAACCUAUCGAACAACACUAAACAUUAGUUGAAUAAUAAAAAAAAAUAUAUAUAUUCAACUAUAUUUGCUCCAACACAUCAGUAUAGCAAUAAGUAUUCUAAAAUAAAUUGACAUCGUGUAUCUUAUUGAUAAAUAAUGUAGCACAAUACAGUUUGUAUGUAUCUACGGCACCCCGUACAUAGACAUCCGUGAUGGAAAAGAAGGAGAAACGCCUUUCCUCCUAUUUGAGUCAUUUUGUAAUAAAGUGUGACUGUCCGAAGUGCACAUUAUGCUUUGCUGAAACAUUUUUACUAUAAGAGCAUCAUUAACACACUGCUAAUCAGAUUAACCCGUGACCCACACAGAGAAAUGAACAAGCAUGCGGCGAAAACCUGAAUGGAUACGGGUUGUGCCUUUCUCUUUAAAUGCUUGUAACAUACAUUAAAAUUGGUGUAGACCCCAUUAGAUAUUUUUUUUUUUUUAAUUCUUUAUUUUAGUCGUGCAAAGAGUGAAUAUAUUAAGCUUGCAGCGCCACAACAGCGGGCAAACAAUGCAGUUUCAUACAUGUGGUAACAGUAACAUGGCGUUGAAAGUGCGUGCACAAGUUUUAUGUUUUAUGUGUGCUUCAUGCUGUACAGUUAAGUUAAGUUAGAUAACAAAUGGUGUGUCGUCGUUCUGAACACAAUACUAGACAGGAAUAUAAGUAGAAUAAGGUAAGGAGUCUCACUGCAUAUGCCAUGCGUGUCUAAGUGAGUAUGUCAUCAGAGUAAGUGAGACCUUCAACGUUUAAUUAUGCUUAAUUUACUAAGCUAGUGUACAAUUUGUGUAGGCAUUAUAAUCAGGCUUAUUGAAUUAUGUAUGGGAUUGACAACAUGCCGUAUAUACCUCAAUGAGCUACAUUAACUAACAUUGAAAUGUGAUGCAGUCAUAUGCUUAAACACUAUGCUCAAGUUAGGUCUCUGAGCCUAGGCUAGCAGGUGAUUCAAAUGUCCCAGGAGGCUCCCUCUCAGAUCAAGUCCUUGAAGCAGGGAGGCUACUAUGACAAAACUAUAAAGCAAAAUUAAGAUUUGGGUCAUCCUUAUGCGUUGUGUGUUUCAGAGGGGCACAUACAUUUAAGAGGAAGUCCCAGCACCCCUGGCUCCUGGUCUGUUUUCAGCCGACUCCCGUCAUGGGUAUCUCGCUGUUGGGCAGCUUAGUGAAGUAUUUCAAGCCUCCAGGCUCCGGUCUCGUCUUGUGGGGCCGGACGGUCCCCCGGAUGUUGACUGCCAGGAGAACAGGAGACCCUCGACGAGGUGCAAAUGUAUGUCUCACGCGUGACUGACUUUGGUUGUGCUGCUGCUUAUUGCGGGGUGAUGUUUGGGGCUUGGUCCGCCUUCUCUAUGGGAUCCUCUUCCCUGUAGGGGCCCCAGGUGUUUUCCUCGUUCGUGACAUGCGUCGUUUAGGUGAGGGGCCGCUUGCCUGUGGUGGGGCUUGUUGCAGUGCCCAUCUCUCCAGCUUAUGCCAGAAUGCCGCCAGGAUAGCCUCUAGCUUCAUUUGGAGCAUGGUCUCUGCAUUGUGAGCGUGGGUGCGAGGGAGGCACGAGGUGUCCGCCAUUAGGAAUGAGUCGGUAGUAAUGUUAUUCGCUUGCCUGCCGGACUUCACCUUCACCUCUCCCCUACUGGGUGUAGCUCUCCUGGGUUGGACCGUGUUCUCCCCCAACAGUCCCGAGGGGGGGGGGGGUAACGGGAUGCCUGCCCCGCCAUUGCAGUCGCUGGGUAGCCCCGGAAUGGGAGAGCGGCCGCCUCCCCCGCCCGGUGCACACAAGGCCGCAUGCUGUUGCAAGUAUGGCUGCUCAGUUUUCAUUGGGUCACCGACCCCUACUACCUUGCCCUGCAGUGUCAGGCUUCGGUGUGGGCUCAAGGUGGUCCUGAAAUUAGUCUGAAUGAGGCCGUGUUUUGCCUUCGAUGCCAGGAUUGUGGAGGAGCUCCUGUGAAACACGUCUGUCCUCCAUGACAGUUAGGCCCGCCCCCCAUUAGAUAUUUAACCCCUUGAAGGCAAUUGUCCAUGUUCUUCAGUUUGAUCUAUAGCUUUGUUCCACCUUAAUUUCAAGGGUGUCCCGUCAAGUUCCCCUAUACAUAUUACAUAUGUAUUUUUUAAAGGACAGAAAGCGCUUUCAUUUAACAUCCUAUAUGUAUACUUAAGACAACAUUAUGUGUGGGUAUUUUUUUUUUUUUUCUAAGUGGGAAAAGUAUUUUAAAAAAAAAUAAAAAAUUUUUUUUUACAUUUUUGCUUAUAAUUAUUUUCACACAUCCAGUGCAAGUAAUUAAAAAGAACUCAAAUUAGAUUCAUAUACAAGUCCUGAUUGCUAAAUAUAGGUCUACGAUCUAAAGUGAUUUUUGAUGGUUAACGCUAACCGUAUACCAACCCCCACACUAACGCAAUACCAAUUUUACCACUUAUCCAAUGCUUACACUAAGUCUAAUUGUAUGCCUACCCUAAUCUUACCCUUAACCCUGCUCUUUUACCCUAAAACAGCAUUGACCCACACCCAGCAUUACCCUUACCUUUCCUGACCUGAAUCCUACACUAACCAUAACUCUAAAGCUAACCCUACCCUAAUCUUCCUCUAAAUCUAACCCUACCAUAACCCUAUCCCUACCCCCAAGUCCAACCUUAACCCUAAGGUGACCCACUAGAAUAUAAAUUCUAUUAGAAAUGGGUUUUACUGUAUGUUACCACCAUCUACUGUCUGUUUUCAGAAUUACACUUAGUGUAAUUCUGAAUGAGCCUGGAUCCUAGCCAAUUAUAUAGAGAAAGAUGCUUGGAAGCUGGUUAAGAACAGCACUGGCCUAUUGUGGCUAGGGACAGGCUCAUUUAGAAUUACAUGAGCUUGUCCUUGGAGGGUCUCCCCACAAAUGGAGUUAAAGAGCUCUCUGCAGUGCUGAUUUCCAUCGCUGCACAGAGCUCAUUGAUCAGUCUGGGUCCACUAAAAAUUGACCCAGCUAACUUACAGGAGCCCAGGUAUCCAUUAGUACCUGGAAUUACUGGUGUUAACAGGGAUUUAACCCUGCACACACCCUAAUCUCUAAGUAGGCAUUUACAUGCUUAUUUAAUUUUACUAUCCAUUGAUACCUGGCAUUAGUGGUGUGAGCAUUGAUUUAACUGUGCUCACAUCGUGAUCUUUUAAUGGGCAUUUAAAUGCCUAUUUCAAGAGCUGUUUGCACCGCUGGCUUCCAGAGCUGCAAACUGCUCAUACCACUAAAAAAGUCCCCAGCAAACCGAUUCCUGGGGUUCUCUGAUGUUAUCAGGGAUUUAAUCCUGCACAGUAGGUCUGGGUCUUGUGAUUCUCACAAUGUAAAGCUAUUCGCUGUAGGAUUUAUAGUUUUUAAAAUACAACCGUUUGAAGAUGGCAACCGCCAAAAUACUUUGACCUGUGCCAGGCUGCAGCAGCAAGUGAUGUCAUAGACAGGGCCUUUUGAACACCUGCUAAUGUUUUUAUAAAUGUAUGGUUUAAUGUAACUGUGCAACAACGUUGCUAUUAAAUGUGCUAUAUAAAUAAAUAAGUUACUCCGCCCACUCCAGUUGUAGACUACUGGUGGGGGCAAGAACACUUCACACAAUUUCCCCAGAAAUUGUAGCUUUUCUAGUUGAUAAUUGUUACUUUUUAAACAGAAGGUUAUGAAUCCUGUCAAUCUGAGUAGUGUUGCACCACAGCAAAAUCUCCCUGUUUUCUACCACUUACAAGGUUAUUUACGAAGGUGUGAAUUAAAAAUUAAAGUCCAUUUCAAAUGUAAGGCCAAAAUCACUGAGCUGAAAAGUCUAUCCAAGUUAGCCAUAUUUUUGGUUUCACAAUUUUGGCCUUAUAUUUUAAAAUCACUUUGAAUUUAAUGCAAGUUCUCAAAAGGACACUAUAGGCAUGUGUAGACUGUGGAAUUCUGUGGCUCUAUUCCUCCAUUCAGUGUUAAAGGGAAACUAUACAAAGUUGUAUACCUAACUCUAUAGUAGCCUUUGUCAUUGCGGCCCCCCAGCCCUCCGACAGCCGAUAAAAGGGGGACUUAAUGUGAGGUGAGCGCCACGAUUGCAUUAGGACUUACCUAUAGAAAAGCAUUGAAUCAAACCCCAUGGGGUUUUAGCUAAUGCCGAGUGUCCUCAUGCAAAGCGUAAGUACGUCCAAUGUAAUUUAACGGACCAAAAGUCUGCUAAGGACCCGGAAGGUAGGCAGCCACUAGAGGUGGAGUUAACUCUGCAAGGUAAUUACAAUUGGAGGGUUAGGGGGACAAGGGCACUGCACCCGGACCACUUCAGUGAGAUGAAGUGGUUUGGGUACCUAUAGUGUCCCUUUAAAUUAUUUUCAAGCAACUUAACUAUUACAGGAACACUCCGGUAACGAUAACUUCUUUAUUGAAAUUAGGUUGUUAUGGUGUCAGGAGAUCCCUGGCGCCAUUCUUCAAUGGUUUAUCCCAAGGUUUGUGUUCCAACACCGACUCUCCCUGCCUAUCUUCCUUUCCAUCUACUCAAAAUCUUUAAACUUUAAAGUGACUCCCCAUUCAUAAAACUUGAAAGAUACAUACCUUUUUCAAGCCAGUUUUAUGAAUGGGAAGUCACUAAUUGGCAUCAGCUGACCUCUCUAAGCCAAUCAGCGGCGCUGCUGUCUGAUUCUGCAAGAGCCUUCCAGUCUAAAGAUUGUGAGAAAACAGAAGGACAGAGAGGCAGCGAGAUUGACGCUAAAACAGAGACUUGGUGUUAAACUGUUUUCCGAAUGAUUGAUUUAACCUGUUAAGGUGAGCCAGCACCAGGGACCUCCUGGCACAAUAACUUCAUUUGAAUCAUCCUUUAAUGAGGGUCCGUGCCACACACUGCCAGGCCCACACUAGAAGUAUGGCUAAAACAGAGAUUGCACUAUUCCUUAGCCAUACCAAUUCAUAUCAGCAAUGAGUGGUCAUGAUGGGCUGUAAGCAGUCAGCAGACACUCUCAGCCAACCACCACCACCCAUGCUUUCUCAUUUGCUUAAGCAAUACAGAGGGGACGACGGGCUGCUGGGGAGUCUUGUUUAACAGUAUCCUGAACGAUGGCAUCAGGGUACUCCAGAUGCUAUAAAUUCUUCAAUGUUAUUAAGUGCUCACAGUGCCUACAGAUUCCCUUUAAUAGAUCACUCUUUAGUGAAUCAGCUUGCUAGUAAAUAAACCUCUCUGAUCAAUCCAUAAUCGCCAACAAAUUUUCCAACCUUGAACAAGCUGAUUUACUUUAUAGCAGUUAAGGAGUAAUGUACCAGCCUGCAUUACAAAUCGGAGACUUGGCUGGGGAUUAGCUUAUUCACCGGGUCUCAUUCAGGAUUAACUGACAUUGAGCAGUUGGCUACAGUCUCUGAAGCUCCAUUUUCAGACUUGAACCAGCUUGCCUGAAUCCGGAAUAGUGUGUUAACUAAUUGUGUGCCAAAAUGGAAGCGUCAAUCUAUUUACCCCUCCUCGACAAUAGGGUGCACACCCCUCCAGGAUUUGAUGAGUUAAAGGAACAGUUGUCAUGUCAGCAGAAAGGCAUUGAUUUACUGUUUUCUUAGAGCAGAUAUUAACGUGAUGGCUGUGAGUGGCUCUUACUCAGGGGUAAUGCCGGGAAAAGCGAUCUUUUUCUUUCUUUUCCGUCUGUGAGUAAUUAUGAAGCCUCUCCAGUCUUGGUUUUUCUAUGAUCAUUUGUUUUGGAGGGGGGCAUCUUUAACUCUAUCAUUACCAAAAAAUAAAAAGCAAACUUUACACCUAUAACAAUAUAAAAAAAUUUUCGUAAAUCUUUUUAGUAAAGUGUUUUAAUUUUUUUUUUCAAAUGCAGAGGGAUGAUCACAACAUUCCUUUUUACUCCUUUCCCUCUGGCAUCAAAGAGUAAGAUUACAUGUAAUCUAACUAUAACGCAAUAUUUUUUCUGUCACAUCGUAAACUCGUUUGGGCAGGGCCCUCUUCAUCUGCUGUUCCUGUAUGUCAAACUUCUUUUAUUAGAAAUGUGCAUCUUGUUUUACUUAUUGUACAGCAGUGCGGAAUAUGUCGGCGCUAUAGAAGUAAUUGUAAUCCUAAAAAUCUGUGUUCCCUAAGAAUGUUUAGCCCCAGUGUGUGGCAUCGAGAGAUUGGGAGGGAAUUCUGGUAAUUUGUUAAACGAUAAAAAAAAACAUAAUUAUAGGAUAUUUAAUAAUUGUCUGAUGGCUGCUGUGUAAUGCAUCUUAUUCAGUGGUGUAUUUUGGAUUUGUGCUGCCCUAGGCACGACUAAAUUCGGCACCCCCAAAAUCUAAAUUUGACCCCCCCCCCCAAUUUGUGUCAAGGCCACUUUUUUGACUGACACACAUGCACUGAUAUACACUCAUUGACAGAUAAUACACAGUCAUUGGCACACACUGUUUAACCAACACGCACUUUCACUGACAGACACACAAUGACAUACACACACUGACACACACUCACAGGCACACCCAUUCUCACUGAAAGACACACAAACUGACAGCUACACUCACUCACAGUAAGGUGGACGACCCCAGAACACAAAGCAAGCAAGGCAUUUGUCUGGGAGCUUGGGGUGGCAUUUUUUGGCGCCCCCCUUGAAAGUGCCGCCCUAGGCAAAUGCCUUGUUUGCCUUGUGGUAAAUACAUCCCUGAUCUUAUUAUGUACCAAUGGUUUUAUUAAUAGCCAUUGGCCAAUGUUUUAACCCAUUCAAUGCAAGGAGCUUGGCAAAUUUCAUUCGCAUAACACAUUGUUUAUAGUUGGUCAGUAAUGAGUAUAUUGUGCAAAAUGCAUAACUACAAUAAAAUUAUUUGAGCAAAAAUGUAACCCAUUUGAGGAUCUUAUAACCCAUGAGGGUCUAGUUUAAAAUGUAGGCUCUGUUUUGAACCCUUAUUCAUUGAUCCAGAAAUUGUGGAGAAUUUACAAGUAAAUUACACAUUUUAGGCUAAUUUGUUUUGAAAACGUAACCACUUCUGUAAUUUUUUUGCCUAAAAUUGGCGAUUAAUUUGAAUUUUCUACAGUUCACGGUGUAGAGAAUACACACCUUGACCUUGAUCCUUUGUGAUAUGUCUAUACAAUUUGGAACCGUGUAUUAUGGGAAAAUAAUGCCACAGAAGGGUUCUGUAGGCAUCUCUAAACCACAAGACAGAAAUAUCUUUAGAUAACCACAAGGUUAUUUUCCUCUAAUGCAAGCUUUGCAGUUUUUUUAUCAUUGGGAUCGUGUAAAUGCAUUGUUGGUGUCAGUAUGUAAUGUUCGUGUAAUGUAGGGGUUAAUGGUUAGAGUUAAUGUACAGAUAAAUUAUUUAGAGUAGUGUAUGUAGAAUAUGUAUGUUAGUAUAGUUAGUUCUGCUGCCACCAUGUAAUAGAGAGUGAGAGUGUGUAAUGGAGAGAGAGAGAGAGAGUGUGUGUGUGUGUGUGUGUAAUGGAGAGUGUGUGUGUGUGUUUUUUUUUAUUUUUUAGUAUCAGCAUAUUCUGUUGAGCUGUAAGAGAUAGGAAAAAUAAAGCAGGAGACCUAUUGUAAGUAUUUCUAAUAUAUGUAAUCUCUUAAGAUAUACUGGCCAUAAGAGGAUGUGAUCCAAUACAUUUUGUUUUUUGCUUCCCUCAGUCCAUUUCCGAAGGGUUUAAGGAAGCCGUGCGCUAUGUUCUUCCACGCCUAAUGCUGGUCCCUGUUUACCAUUGCCUGCAUUACUUUGAAUUAUUAGAGGUAAGGGCUGUCCUGAUGUAAUGAUUAGUAAUACACAGCAGUUAAAAAAGUAGAUUUGUAGCACACUUUUUUAGAUGCUCAAUUGUAAUUUGUGUUGUUGAUUGAAGAUGUUGGUAGUUGCAGUUGAACAAGAGUGCCACAAUGCUCCUAUAAUCCAAGUUAAAGGUCCAGGUCACUAACGGUACUAGAAAUGGAAAUCUCUGUAUCAUGCAAUACAUAAAGUUGUCUGCCUUGUGAUGCCUGGAAUCACAUACAUGUGUGUGUAUGUAUGUAUAUAUAUAUGUAUGUAUUUGUAAUCCACUGGAAGUGGUAAAAUGUUAAAACCAUGUUUGUUCUGAUCAGUACUCUUUAUUGUAUCUUUUUGUUUGGCAUAAUUAGCAGUUACAGGAGUGUAGUCAAGACCAGGAGGACAGAGAGUGUUUGAAACAAGCCAUCACUGCCCUCCUAAAUUUACGAUGCAGCAUGGAACGUAUUUACAAUAAACACUCACCGCGUCGCAGACCUGGGUAAGUGUUCUAACACAGUAUACUUUCAGUGUAUGAGUUAUGUAAGGUUGGGGAAAAAAUGAAUCGAGGGCAAAGCCUAAAAACAUACUUGCAAAGUCAUAUAGUCUAAAAAAGGUUCAGCCUUUUGCAUAUCUGAUUUACUGCUGUUGAACCAGGAAAAAACAAAAAACAAAAGCAUAUUUGAUGAGAUUUCUAGUUUUUCAAUGAAUUCGAGGGAAAAAUCCUUCCUGACUUCAAAAUGGCACUCAGAUUUUUGUAUCAACAAGCUGUCAAACCACAUAAUAACUAUUGUAUCUUUGAAUAUUCUGCUUUCCAAAAAGCAUCUACCUCUUUAUUUAGAGAAGUCCACAUCUUUGUUUUUAUUGUAAAGGACCCACUCUCAUUUCUUUAAGUUUACAAAGUGACCUUUUUUCAUUUGGACUUUCCUAUUAAUGGACAGAUUACAAGAGAGCAGUUUUUUCUGGCUUUGUAUAUAUUUGUAUUAUAUUAUGUCAGAACAUUUUCUAGGCAGACAGUUAUAUAUUAUCUAAUCUAGAGCAGAGAUUUUCUGUUGGUUGACACAGAGUAAAUAGAAUUUCAAUUCAGUUGUUUGGCACCCUAAAUGGAAUGGUCCACUACUCUGAAAACACAACACAUAGUUAUCUAUAUUUAUACAAAUUCUUUUUCCAGAGAGCACACCUGGCGUCUGUACAACCGUCAAAUACGCAGCAAGCAUAUGGCGAUUAAAAAAAUGAUAGAAAUCCAGAAGAAUAUUGAUGGCUGGGAAGGCAAAGACAUUGGGCAAUGCUGUAAUGAAUUCAUCAUGGAAGGUUCAUUGAAAAGGGUUGGAGCCAAGCAUGAACGGUAUAUUUUUCUUUUUGAUGGGUUGAUGAUUAGUUGCAAGACGAAUCAUGGACAGUCCCGAAUACCCAGUUACAACACUGCAGAGUAUCGACUAAAGGAGAAAUUCAUUAUGAGGAAGGUUCAUAUCAAUGAUAGAGAAGACACGUGCGAUUGCAAGCAUGCUUUUGAGUUGCUCUCCAAAGACGAGAACAGUAUUGUGUUUGCCGCCAAAACAGCAGAAGAGAAGACCAAUUGGAUGGCUGCUUUGAUCUCCUUGCAGUAUCGGAGCACACUAGACCGGAUGCUGGAUUCGGUGCUGAUCCAGGAAGAAAAUAAGCAGCCUUUACGGUUGCCAAGUCCAGAUGCUUAUCGGUUUGUAGAAGAAGAUUCUGAAGAAAACAUUGUUUUUGAAGACAAUGUGCAAAGUAGAUGUGGGAUUCCUAUUCUCAAAGGUGGAACUGUAGUCAAGCUAAUCGAGAGACUUACCUAUCAUAUGUAUGCAGGUAUGUUAGCUUAUUCAGACAUUAGUGCAUUUACUAAAUGAGUUUUUUCACAAAUGUGCUGUUACUGAAUAGAGUGUUUUCUGCUUUUUUUUUGGUUGGUUGUUUUUUACAUUUGAAAUUUUUAUUAGUUUUCAAAUGUCAAAGGAGAAAUAAGAGUGAAGGGGCGUAGAGGAAGAGAGAGGCGACGUGUUUUUUAUUUUUUUAGGGUUAGGAAUAGUUAUUGCCCAGCGGGAUGCUGAGUCUGUAAUUUGCCAGAGUUCUUGAUGAACCACUUUUGCGACUGGUAACCAUUCUUCUUCCACUUUGUAGACAAUUGCAAUUACAAUAUUUCAUCACUCCAUCAGCCAAACGUCAACAACAGUAAAAGACCAAAUAAAAAAAAUACAUGUUAGGUCCUUAGUUUCCAUAUUUUAAUAGGGCCCUUCACUUUGCACCUCUAGAACUCACUUUAACUUUCUUUUCUUUGCAGAUCCUAACUUUGUGCGCACGUUCUUGACCACGUAUCGCUCAUUUUGUAAGCCACAAGAAUUACUCAGCCUCCUGAUAGAAAGGUGAGCAUAUGCUCUAGCCAUUUACUGAUCAGCUAUAGUAGUAAGCUCCUCUUUCUCUUAGAUGUAAAGAGACCGAAAACAGCUUGCAAAUUAUAUAAGAAUAACAUUUAUUAAGACUUCUAAUGACACUGAAGGUAACAUUGAGCCCCUCCAUGUACUGCUUAACUUUCUCAUACCAUGUGUUAUCUACAUGCAUUUUCAUAAGGAAUUAUUUUAUUUGUAGCUGUCACAUUUGCUGCUUCCUAUCAGUGAGGUGAAGUUAAGUGCACCUCAAAAUUGAUUUUAAAAUAAUUUCAGUGUCUUAGAACGUAAGGGUAGGUGUUGAUGGUUCCAGGAGAAAAUGGUGGGGUGUUUUCGGUUCAGGAGCACAGAGGGAGAUGUUGCAGGGUCUGUGAGGGUAGGUUGGGUGUUGCACUUCCUCAAACUUUCUUUCUUCCUUUCUUGUAGUACACCAAAAAAAUCAGGUUUUUAUUUCUCCCCUUCCCCUGUUAAUUUUGCUCUUACAUUUGCUAAAUAAAAAGACAGAUGAAUAAUAGUGAGAUACUUUUCAAUUGUAAGUACUUUUUAUAAUGACUUAAAAGCUGCUUAUAUAUCACAGAAGACUCAACAUUGUGCCGAUGGCUGUUACGUUUGUUAGAAAUAAAGACACCCAUUUCAAUCUUUCUUUUUUGUGUGUGUGUUUGGCAAUGUCUGGUCAUCAUGGUUGGUUUUCGUGCGGUUACCUUCUGCUCUUAAUUUAGGUUUGAAAUCCCAGAUCCGGAGCCAACUGAAGCAGACAGAAUGGCAAUCGAGAAGGGGGAACAGCCAAUGGCCACCAACUUAAAAAAAUUUCGGAAGGAAUAUGUUCAGCCUGUGCAACUCAGGUCAGUUAAAAUUAGGAAGAUAUCUUGAAACCAAAUCACAGCAGAAACAUAAAAAUGGUGAUCUGCCUUAAACAUAAUGUAACCCAAGAUAGAAAAGUUUAUCAAAAUAUAUGAACAAAUAAUGUAAGUUUUGAAGCACCAUAACCACUACAACUUCUUGUAUUGGUUAUGGUGCCAAGGCAAAUGUAGCACAUAUUUAUCCUCCUGUCAUAAAACCAGUUGUAGAGAUAAGGUGUCUGAAGAUCGGUAAUUUUUUUCAGGGUAUUAAAUGUUUUUCGGCACUGGGUUGAACAUCACUUCUAUGAUUUUGAAAGGGAUAUUGAGCUGCUUGAACGAUUGGAAACAUUUAUCUCCAGUGUUAGAGGUAAGACUAUAUGCAUGUUUAUUUUAUGACCCACCAUAAUACAUUUCCGCAGAAUCUAAAUUCCAUCAGGUUUAUUUACGAAAGUGAGAAUUCAGGGUGAAGUCAAAUUUUCUGAAUAGCAAGCAUAACCUGACUUAGAGAAGGUUUCCACCUCAGUUACUUAUACCUUGAAUAUGAUUUUAAAUUUGAAAUUCACUUUGAAUUCUCACUCUUUAUCUGUUUGCACUAACCUCCUCAUAUCUUUCUCGUUCCAUAGCUUCUUUGUUCCCCUAUAUAUUUUUUUUACUGUACUGUAAGAUCUGAUUGAAAAUAAAUAAAACAUUCUUUCCCAUGAAGCUCUAGGCACUAGAACCAUUUCAGCAUCCUGGUGCUGUCCCUCCAUUCUGCGCUAAACCAUUUCCAUGCAAUUUUAACAAUGAAUGCGUGUUACUGGCCACCCACAGCCCAGCCCCCAUUGGAGUUAUGGCAAAGGCAGUGAUUACACUCUUCCUUAGUCAUACCCAUAGCAUGCAAUGGGGAGCUGUGAUAGGCUGAAUGUUGUCAGCUGACUCUCAGCCUGCUGCUCAGGCUUAACACUUCCUCAUUAGCCCAAGCUGCACUUAGUGAAAGGGGAGGCUGGGGACUAUAUUGUUUAGCGUUAUAAAUUGAAAACAAUUUGACCCCGAAUGGAAGAACAGCGCCAGGGGACUUCAGUGAGAUGAAGCAGUUACAGUGCCAUAGAGUGUCCCUUUUAAGUUGAAGUUGUUUUGGUGAUUAGAGGUUUUUUUAAUAGUCUUUCUAUAGCCACCUGAUCUGAGUACAAGCCACUGUUGCGUUUUCUAUAUUGUAUUAUUAUAGCUUAUUAUUUUUUUUUAGAAUAAAACUUAUUUUUUCUCCACUUUUAGGAAAAACCAUGAAGAAAUGGGUAGAAUCUAUAGCAAAGAUUAUAAGACGGAAAAAGCAAGCUCAGGCAAAUGGAGUGAGCCACAACAUCACAUUUGAGAGCCCCCCUCCUCCUAUAGAAUGGCACAUUAGCAGAUCGGGACACUUUGAAACUUUUGACCUAAUGACGCUGCAUCCAAUAGAAAUCGCACGGCAGCUGACCCUGAUUGAGUCUGAUUUGUACAGGUAGUUGCCUUUUACAUUCUCAAUGUGCUUUAAAAAAACGGAUAGGGAUUCCACAUGUGUUACAUUUGUGUGAUGAUCUAGCAGGCGAUGUGUUUAGGGAAAGAGGUUGCUAUAAUGUUUUCUUUUCUUUUUUUUGUGCAAAAUUACAUUUUUCUUUCUAAAAUAUUGCUAUGGUAUUUCUACACUGCUCAAAAAAAUAAAGGGAACACAAACACAUCCUAGAUCUGAAUGAAUUAAAUAUUCUUCUGAAAUACUUUGUUCUUUACAAAGUUGAAUGUGCUGACAACAUCAUCACACAAAAAUAAAAAAAUGAAAAUCAAAUUUUUCAACCCAUGGAGGUCUGGAUUUGGAGUCACACUCAAAAUUAAAGUGGAAAAACACACUACAGGCCGAUCCAACUUUGAUGUAAUGUCCUUAAAACAGGUAAAAAGGAGGCUCAGUAGGGUGUGUGGCCUUCACGUGCCUGUAUGACCCCCCCUACAAUGCCUGUGCAUGCUCCUGAUGAGGUGGCGGGUGGUCUCCUGAGGGAUCUCCUCCCAGACCUGGACUAAAGCUUCUGCCAACUUCUGGACAGUCUGUGGUGCAAUGUGACGUUGGUGGAUGGAGCAAGACAUGAUGUCCCAGAUGUGCUCAAUUGGAUUCAGGUCUGGGGAACGGGCGGGCUAUUCCAUAGCAUCAAUGCCUUCGUCUUGCAGGAACUGCUGACAGACUCCAGCCACAUGAGGUCUAGCAUUGUCUUGCAUUAGGAGGAACCCAGGGCCAACCACACCGGCAUAUGGUCUCACAAGAGGUCUGAGAAUCUCAUCUCGGUACCUAAUGACAGUCAGGCUACCUCUGGCGAGCACAUGGAGGGCAGUGCGGCCCCCCAAAGAAAUGCCGCCCCACACCAUUACUGACCCACUGCCAAACCGGUCAUGCUGGAGGAUGUUGCAGGCAGCAGAAUGUUCUCCAGACUCUGUCACGUCUGUCACAUGUGCUCAGUGUGAACUUGUUUUCAUCUGUGAAGAGCACAGGGCACCAGUUGCGAAUUUGACAAUCUUGGUGUUCUCUGGCAAAUGCCAAACGUCCUGUACAGUGUUGGACUGUAAGCACAACCCCCACCUGUGGACGUCGGGCCCUCAUACCACCCUCAUCGAGUCUGUUUCUGACCGUUUAAGCAGACACAUGCACAUUUGUGGCCUGCUGGAGGUCAUUUUGCAGGGCUCUGGCAGUGUUCUUCCUGUUCCUCCUUGCACAAAGGCAGAGGUAGCGUUCCUGCUGCUGGGUUGUUGCCCUCCUACGGCCUCCUCCACGUCUCCUGAUGUACUGGCCUAUCUCCUGGUAGCGCCUCCAUGCUCUGGACCCUACGCUGACAGACACAGCAAACCUUGCCACAGCUCGUAUUGAUGUGCAAUCCUGGAUGAGCUGCACUACCUGAGCCACUUGUGUGGGUUGUAGACUCCGUCUCGUGCUACCAUUAGAGUGAAAGCACGGCCAGCAUUCAAAAGUGGCCAAAACAUCAGCCAGGAAUGAUAGGAACUGAGAAGUGGGCUUUGGUCACCACCUGCAAAACCACUCCUUUAUUGGGGGUGUCUUGCUAAUUGCCUAUAAUUUCCACCUGUUGUUUAUCCCAUUUGCACAAUAGCAUGUGAAAUUGAUUGUCACUCAGUGUUGCUUUCUAAGUGGACAGUUUGAUUUCACAGAAGUGUGAUUGACUUGGAGUUACAUUGUGUUGUUUAAGAGUUCCCUUUAUUUUUUUGAGCAGUGUAUAUUGCACUACAAGGCAAUAUUUUGAAAACCACUUCUGCAUUGUAUUGAUCAUUAAUCUAUGCAUCAAUUUUAUAUGUAAAACUGAACAAAUGAUGCCUGGUUAACCUAGAUUACAAAAAGGAAACCUCUAAAUCAUUAUGCAGUUCACACACUGUAUUCCCUUAUGUGUGCCCAGUGAAUUGCUAGGAGCUAAAUGGCUCAGUUGCAGAAAUCUCUGGUUUCCAUUUGUCUCUGACAUUAUAAUCUCAGACUAUCAUUUUCAUACAUAGCCUAUUGAGUGUCACACCAGUCAAUCUCAAAGUAGUCUGCAAAAUGCUACACCAGUACUAAGGAUACACCAAUAGUUAGGGUUUAGGCAUUGAUCAUUCUGUUCUUAUAAUGGCACUAGCAAAACUUGAGGCUUUGAUGUGCCUUGAGGAUUGGAUUGUGAGCUACUGCACUACCCAUAAUCCAACAAGGCAGGACCUCAUGACCUGCAGUUAACCGAGGCAGCAAAGUGCUACCCUGCAUGUAAUUCAGCAGGGCAGCAGAGUCCCACACCGAGCCCCCUGUAGUCCAACAAGGUAGCAGGGUGCUGCUCCAUCUGUUUCCAUAUUUGCAGGAAUAAAACAUUGCAGUUGUGCUUACUUAUUAGUGGCGAUAACAUUGUCUGUACAUGACACUUAACUUUGCAGUUUUUUGUUCUGCCUCUCUUUAGUAGUAGAAUAGAGUGUUUCACGUUCUCUGUGUGGUCUAUAUCUCCAGAGAGUAAAAUUUACAGUUUUGUGUAAUAUGUAUUUUGUAAUUUUACAGGGCUGUCCAACCAUCAGAACUCGUGGGCAGCGUGUGGACGAAGGAAGACAAGGAAAUAAACUCGCCUAACUUACUAAAGAUGAUCCGACACACGACAAAUCUCACACUGUGGUUUGAAAAGUAUGAUAUACUUUUUUCUUCUCCCUAAUUUAAUGGUUAAUUUAGCAAAGGUGGUGAAUUUGGGAUGGGACUUAGAAUCCUGUAUGAUCUCUCCUGUUCUCCUUUUAGAGCUGUUUAAGACUGAGGAUAAACCUUUGUGAUUCACAGCUUUUUUUUUUUUUUCUUCCAUUAUCUCAAGGCUCACUACUUUUCAAUUAUCUUUUAUUCUAAAUUUUGUUUACAAAAUAUCUUAAAUCAAAACUUGUACAAGCCUUAAGGUAACAGCUUACAUAACACAAUGAAUGGUUUAAAGAUGUCGGUUGAUUUGUUUCUUCAUGUUUGCAGGUGUCUUGUGGAAACAGAGAAUUUUGAUGAGAGGGUGGCCGUUUUCAGCCGGAUCAUUGAAAUCCUCCAGGUCUUCCAAGACUUGAACAAUUUUAACGGCGUGCUGGAAAUUGUUAGCGCAGUGAAUUCUGUCCCAGUGUACAGGCUGGAUCACACUUUUGAGGUUAAUCUUAUUUUCUUCUUCACCCUGGAUAAAACACACAGGAAUAAAGCUCUACACAGCCUACAACCUUAUGUAAAAGUGCUCUAGUUAUGCACAUUUGUAAAUUAUAUUGUUUUAUCUUUGGGUUUGACAAAUGUAUAGAAAAUAAUUUUGGAGAGAUGGGGUAAUGGUUAUACUUAUACUAUUAAAGGGACCGUAUAGUCACCCGAACAACUACAGCUUAUUGUAUUUGUGCUGGUUAGUAUAAUAAUUGCCUUCAGGCUUUUUGCAGUACACAUUGUCUUUUCAGAGAAAAAAAAUGGCCUAUCCUAAGGUGGCUGCAAGAGGUGCUUCCUGGGGCCGUGCUGCUCAGUGUGACAGCACUGACACUCAGUGACUCCAUCCUCUGCAUGGAUACAUUUAACUUUCCUCAUAGAGAUGCAUUGAUUCAAUGGAUCUCUAUGAGGAGAUGCUGAUUGGACAGGGCUGUGUUUGGCUUGUGCUGGCUCUGCCCCUGAUCUGACACUUUGACAGUGUCAGACAAUCCAAUGGGAAAGCCUUGUGAUUGGCUUUUGUCCAACACUUCUGGUUAUGUCAGCCAAGCAGGCAGAUCAGGGGCAGAGCCAGCAGCAGCAGACUGGAAUAAAUGUAAGAUUUUGCUAUAUUUAAGGGGGCUAGAUGGUGGUUUUAACACUACAGGGUCAGGAGUACAUGUUUGUGUUCCUGACCCUAUAGUGUUCCUUUAACUAAAAGGAAGUUUUAUAAUCACACUGUGCGCACUGUGUACCAAGCACCACAUCAUAUCAUGUCUGGGGGUGCAGACCCUGUUCCGCUGUGAAUGAAUGGUUAGUAAACCAUUUAUUUGCUUACCUUAAUCCAGCGCCAGGCUCCCUCGGCACUGGUGAUCUCUCCUCCAUUGACUUCAGAAUGCGCUUGCGCAUUCAAACCCACCUAUAGGAAAGCAUUACUCAAUGCUUUCCUAUGGGGAUCUUUUUUGACGCUGGAGGUCCGUUGUCAAAUAAAUGCGAUUUACUCUGUAAAUUGCGGAAGCGCUGGAUUUAUCCUGCAGUGUAAACAUAGCAAUUUUUCUCAAAACUGCUAUGUUUUCAGCUGCAGGGUUAAAACAAGGGGGACCUGGCACCCAGAGCACUUCAUUGAGCUGAAGUGGUCUGGGUGCCUAUAGUGGUCCUUUAACCCCUUAAGGACCAAACUUCUGGAAUAAAAGGGAAUCAUGACAUGUCACACAUGUCAUGUGUCCUUAAGGGGUUAAGAUUAAGGGUAAUAAUACAUGUAUUACUCACAUCGAUAGGUGUCCACAUGUAGCAUAUAUGUGCGUAUAUAGACAAUCCACUAGGUGCUGUUAUUGUAUGUUCUUGUAAACAUAUACUUGCAAAUGGUAAUUGACUGUUUGGGCUUUCCUUAGGCAUUACAGGAGAGGAAGAGGAAAAUACUGGAUGAAGCUGUGGAACUCAGUCAGGAUCACUUUAAAAAGUAUUUGGCAAAACUUAAGUCAAUCAACCCACCUUGUGUGCCUUUUUUUGGUAAGUGGAAUUGUCUUAUAGUGACAUAAAUAUGGUCGGUAGUAGCUGUGGGUUAGUUCUCUGUUAAUGAUAAAUUUUAGGUAAUUUAACUGCUACAUGUCCAAAAACCAGGCAAAGUUCUUACCUUGUGAGAAGCCCCUUUAGUGUACUAAAUUUUAUCUUGGUUCGAUGGCUCUGUAUUUAAACUCUUUGAAAGUUCCUGAGCACCAUGUUUGUGUCAACAAUUGGAAAGUGAAGUGUGGACGUAGUGUGAGAAUAUAUAUAUUUUAUUCUUGGUUAACAGGGGCAUAGAAGAAUAUUUCAAUUGGACCUACCACUUGGAGGGUCUCUUCAGUUUAUGAUCCAACCGUUGGAUAUUGGUACCUAGAAAAAAAUGGAGGAAGAAAUGUACUCAACCAAAAUACUUUGUCAAUCAGUAUCUCCACUUUUAUUAAUAAAUGUAUUAUUUUUUUUAAAACAAACAUUUUCCUGGCAUGCCAGGAGUCACUUGUCACCCAUAUACGUUUUCAAGUGCAGAAGAGUAAGAUACUGCGGUUUGUGAAAGCUAGAGACCACAUGGUCCUCCAAAGAUAAUCUUGCUCACGUGCAUACAGAUGCUUUUUUCCAUCAGCCAUCAUUCAUGACAGCUGAUGGGAAUGGUCAAGCCAUGCCAGUCUGAAAGGAAUUAAUACUCUAAUUGUGUCCUUUCCUUAUACAUGUAUUAUAAUAAGUCUCCUUUUUUUUUUUUUUUGAUCUGAUCUUUCCAUUAUGUGGAAUCUAAAUUUCAACUCUAUUUUCAGGCAGUAUUUUUGUCUUUAUAAAAAGUUAAGUGCCAGGAUGGCUUUAAAUGGUAAGGUUUAAAACAUUCCUUAGCUGUAAUUAUAAUUUUCUCAAGAAUAUAAGUCCAUACAUUUAAAAAAAAUAUAUAUGGGAGAGGGGGUGCAAAAAUACUUACACCUGCCCUGUAGCCAUACCAUGUGGCAGUGGGUUUAAAGUUACACAUACCUGUACAUGGGAGUACACACAGUAAUUAAUAUACUUAUCAUAUUUAGUGUCAUCCAUGUGUUUCACUUUAUUUGCUAUUUCUCUGUUUUAGGGAUAUAUUUGACAAACAUUCUCAAGACUGAAGAAGGGAAUCCAGAUUUUCUAAAGAGACAUGGGAAAGAUCUCAUUAACUUUAGUAAACGAAGGAAAGUAGCCGAAAUCACAGGGGAAAUUCAGCAGUACCAAAACCAGCCUUACUGUUUACGGGUGGAGCCGGAAAUCAGGGUAAACAUUUCAUGAUAUUGGGUCUUCAAAGUUUUAUUUUAUUUGUUGUGCUAUUUCUCUUUAGCCCCCCUACUAUUGUAUAAGAAAAUAAUAGGCUGGAUCUAGGAAAUAUGAAGGUUUAUGUUAAAUAUAAAUGAGCUCACUGGAUAUCCUGUUCUUCCAAAUCAUACCAGGAGCUGUUAUUGUUUCACCCUUGUAACAGAUGGCAAUGUUUUAAUCUGUGUUGAUCUACAUAAAGAUUGUCAAAUGCAGGCAUAGUAUAAUUCAGGUGUUGAGGACUGCCUUCAUAUUAAGGGCUUUAAUUGUUUUUUUUUACUUAAAGGGACAUGCAUCAUUUUGAGACAACUGUCUUACUGAAAUGCUUAAGCUUUGAAUGAGACUGUUGCCUCGCUCUGCAAGAUGAAAAAAAACAAGUAAAUAUGAUAUACACAUAUAUUUUAUAUUUACCGGUUUCUUCUUAUUCUUUCCAUGCCCACUCCAGGUGGUGUACUGAUUUAACCAAUGUCCUAUCCAUUCAUACAUUGAAAAAUGCAUUGAGCAAGCCUGACUGAGGUGUGGGUGUCUGAUCAGUGAUGCCAAGCACACAUAGGCGUGCGCACGGGGUGUGCCGGGUGUGCCUGGGCACACCCUAAUCCCGCGGCACGCCUAUGUAUAUUGAGACCGGCAGGGGAGAUCUCAGGAUCUCCCCUGUCGGCUCAUGCAGAGCCGGCGCUAUCCGAGCGCCGGCUCUGCUCUCAGCCUCCCUCCCCACUGACCCACAGGCAGGGAGGGAGGCAGGAGAGGACCCGGCGGAGCUAUUGCCGGCAGCUCCGCCGGGUUCCUCUCGCGAGAUAUGAGCGUUGCCACGGCAAUGCUCAAAUCUCGCGAGAGUGAACUCUAGCCCCACAGGGGUUAGAGUUCACUCUCCACUGGACCACCAGGGAUCACAGCAGCAAGGAUCCCCUCCUCCACUGGACCACCAGGACCACGAUCCCCCCCUCCCUACAAAAGGUAAGAAGGGAGGGGGGAUAGCAAAUAACGUACCCCCACAAUCACCCACACACAUACAGCACCCACAGACAUACACAGCACCCACAGACAUACAACACCCACCCACAUACAGCACACACAGACAAACAACACCCACACACAUACAGCACCCACAAACAUACAGCACCCACAGACAUACACAGCACCCACAGACAUACACAGCACCCACAGACAUACACAGCACCCACAGACAUACACAGCACCCACAGACAUACAGCACCCACACACAUACAGCACACACAGACAAACAACACCCACAGACAAACAACACCCACAGACAUACAACACCCACAGACAUACAGCACCCACAGACAUACAGCACCCACAGACAUACAGCACCCACAGAGGCUAUAGCACCCACAUACAGCAGACAUACAGCACACAGACAAACAACACCCACAGACAUACACAGCACCUAGACAUACACAGCACCCAGAGAUAUACAUAGCACCCAGACAUACAGCACCCACAUACAUACCCACAGACAGACAUACAGCACCCACAGACAUACAGCACCUGUUACUAGACAUACAGCACCCACAGACAUAGCACCCACAGACAUAUGAAAAUUUACAGACAUACAGCACCCACAGACAUACACAGCACCCACACACAUUCAGCACCCACAGACAUAUAGCACCCACAGACAUUCAGCACCCACAGACAUAUAGCACCCACAGACAUACAGCACCCACAGACAUACAGCACCCACAGACAUACACAGCACCCACACACAUACAGCACCCACACACAUACAGCACCCACAGACAUACAGCACCCACAGCCAUACAGCACCCACAUACAUUCAGCACCCACAUACACGCAGCACCCACAUACACACAGCACCCAAGGUUACACAUACAGCACCCAGCACACACACAGCACCCACAGACAUACAGCACCCCAAGGCAUAGCCAGCACCCACAGACAUACACAGCACCUACACACAUACAGUACCCACAGACAUACACAGCACCUACACACAUACAGCACCCACACACAUACACAGCACCCACACACAUACAGCACCCACAGACGUACACAGCACCUAAACACAUACAGCACCCACACACAUACACAGCACCAACACACAUACAGCACCCACACACAUAUACAGCACCCUCACAGCACCCUCACAAACACACACAGCACCCUUACACACAGCACACAAACGCACCCUCACAAACACAAACAGCACCCUCACACACACACAGCACACUAACAGUACCCUCACAUAAACAGCACCCUCACACACAGUACAUUAACAGUACACCUCACAAGCGCACACACACACAAACAGCACCCUCACACACAGUACAUUAACAGCAUCCUCACAAGACACACACACAAACAGCACCCUCACACACAGUACAUUAACAGCAUCCUCACAAGCACGCACACACAAACACCCUCACCCACAUAGCACACUACCAGCACCGUCACACACACAUCACACUAACGGCACUCUCACACAGCACACACAGCAGUGUGUGUAUGUGUGUAUAUAUGUGUAUGUGUGUGUGUGUAUGUAUAUAUAUAUAUAUAUAUAAUACAUAUACAUAUAUGCGGCGUGUGCUUGUGCUUUAGGGUGCACACCCUAAUGCAAUAGGCUGCGCACGCCUAUGCAAGCACAUACUAUAAAAUAUUACCCUACAGGGUUGUGGAAUAUGUAGUAAAAUACUUUGCAAUAGUUCUUUACAUCACAUAGUAUAAAGAGAACGGAUGCCUAAGCUAUUAGCAGUUUCUGUUAGCUUUCAGUCUGCUCCUGGCACAAUUUUAUGACUUAAGCUGUAAAACAUUAUUGCAUGACUGCCACUUUUGCACUUGACCAUGGCAUAGGUGGAGAUUUUUACAGCAUGUACAUGCCAUGCUAAUAACGAAAUGGGCAUUGGAGUUUGUGUAGCUUUAUGAUCAAAGGCACUGUGAGUAAGGAGACACAUAGGGCACAAAGAACAUAGGUCAUUAUGGUGCUUGAAGUGUUUCCAUUCCCAGUUUACAGAAUAAAUCUGCUGCAUGGAACAGUGCUUGGUAAGAAACACAGGAUUAUUUACUAAAGCCAGACUUGUCAGGAAUUAAAAGGGAUUUUAAAAUUUAAGGCCAAAAUAGCUACACAGGAAAAAUUCAGCUCAUAUGCCAAUUCAGCUUCUCUGGCCUUAAAUUUGAGAAUUGAUUUGAAGUCCCAACAGUUCUCACUUUAGUGAAUAACCUUGACAAAGUUAAUUUGCAAAUUAAUGUGAUUAAUUCUAGAACAGUCUGUAUUCUUCUCAGGUAAAAAAGGUGAAAGAUCCCAAUUUGAGGCAUAAUGAAAUGCCAUUGACCUUGUGAUUAUGGUUGAUAUGGGUAAUGUUUAAACAAUAUAUAUUGUUUUUGUUCAUUCUCGAUUUAAUAUUACACAUUACUUGUCUAUUUCUUGUCUAGUUUGAGUAAAAAUAAUGUUCCUUUUUUUUUUAUUUGUUUGUUAGAGGUUCUUUGAGAAUCUAAACCCAAUGGGGAACACAGCAGAGAAAGAUUUCACAGACUAUUUAUUUAAUAAGUCACAGGAAAUAGAGCCACGAAACUGCAAACAGCCUUCCAAAUUUGUGAGUUCAUUUAUUUUUAAUAUUUGUAAAGUUACAACAACAAAUAACUGCUAAAAAGCCAGUCACCUGGUUACUAAGAUUGGUGGAGUUGUGUUUCUUAAUGGACGUGCUUGAACAGUCUACUUAAAGAGACACUAUAGUCACCAAAACAACUUUAGCUUAAAGUACCACUAUAAGCACCCAGACCACUUCAGCUUAAUGAAAUGGUCUGGUUGCCAGGUCCAUCUAGGGUUAACCCUGCCUGCUGUAAACAUAGCAGUUUCAGGGAAACUGCUAUGUUUACAUUAGGGUUAAUCCAGCUUCUUGUGGCUGUCUUGACAGCCGAUGGAGGAGCUUCUCAUUGUGGUUUUCACAGUGAGAAGAUGCCAGCGUCCAUAGGAAAGCAUUGAGAAUGCUUUCCUAUGGACUGACUGCGCCCACGCGGCUCGCGAGGGAGCCCGGCGCUGGAGAAAGGUAAGAUUUUAACACCUUCCUCCUUCAGCCCAUCGGGUGGAGGGGACCUAUUAAUACUAUAGUGCCAGGAAAACAAGUUUGUUUUCCUGGCACUAUAGUGGUCCUUUAAUAAAGGUUUGGUGUACAGAUCAUGCCCAUGCAGUCUCACUGCUAAUUUCUUUGCCAUUUAGGAGUUAAAUCACUUUGUUUAUACAGCCCUAGUCACACCUCUCUUACACAUCCUUCCUAAAUACUUCCUGUAAAGAGACAUCUAAUGUUUACUUCCUUUAUUGCAGAUACGGUUUAGUUAAGAAAGUCUUAUGCCCUGUUCUGUUAAUAGCAUGCUAGACACUGGAGAAGCUUCCUGUAUGUAAUUAAAUUUCAAUUUGCAGAGCAGAAGAUAAAAACUUUUAAAGUAAGUUACACCUGAUGUCUGCAUAGACAGAAAAACUGUGAUUUAACUCAUAAAUGGCAGAAAAUUGAGUAGUGAGACUUCAGAGGCAUGAUCUAUACACCAAAACUGCUUCAUUAAGCCAAGUUGUUUUGGUGACUAUAGUGUCCUUUUAAGGAGACUGUUAAUUCUUGUAAGUUGAAAAUUAAAUGUGUAAACUGAAGGCUGAAUUAGUCAUGUUAGGAAUAUAGCUGAGCUGGAGAACUUGUCCAUCUAGAUUAAUUCGGUCUAGAUUUGGCAAAUUCAGUUUCCUGUUUAGUGUUUUUUUUUUUAAAUUAGCAAUUUGCUAAUUGUGUUCGUUUGUGUGGUUUUGGAAUCGUGGAGUUUGUAAUUGUUUGUGUGUUUUCUAUUAUUGCAUAGUAAUUUCUCUAGUUACCCAUUAAUGUCAUUCUAAGCAGCCUUUAAAUAUGUUCUCUGUCCAAUUGUUACUGUAUCACAAUGUACGAUUGUGGAAGCGUGUUGGAGAGCUGCAUUGCAUUAAAAGCUUUAUUCAAAAUAAUAUAUCUAUCACAAUCAUAGCUACAUUUAGAUGGGACAGAGACAACAUUUUUAUUUAUUUUUCUCUCUCUUUUUUUUUUUUUUUUUCUUUUAGCCAAGGAAAACCACUUAUUCCUUAAAGUCUCCUGGUAUUAGACCCAAUAGUGGGAGACAUUUAUCCUCCUCUGGUACACUGCGGGGUCAUCCAAUGCCUCUGGAAAGAGAACCUUAUAAGAUCAGCUUCAGCAGGAUUACGGAAUCGGAGCAUGAAUCAACGACCUCCCCACCCAUGUCUCCCAACACCCCUUCCACCCCGCCUGCAUCCGCCUCUUCUGAUCUUAGCGUCUUCUUAGAUUUAGACCUUGGCAGUUCAUACGGUAUGUGGCUGUGGAUUCUCCCAACACGUAUUCAGCUGCAUUCAGAGAGCUAAUCACUGUCUCUGUUGGAAGAAGCCUAAGCCUUAUUUCCUUAUUGCGCAAAUCAUUAGUUCAAUCAUUUUGAUAAGUCUGGUACUAAAACAUUAGUCAUUUGUCUGGCUGUGAAACCAGGUUUCUGUGUUUGCUGAUUAAUAUUAUGUAUUUAUUGUAAACAGAAGGUUGCUAAAAGGUGUGUUCGUUGAUAACCAUAAUCCUAUUUUUUAACUCUAGUUUUUUUUUCUCCACUGAACAAUAUCACUAAUAUUGGCAUUUCUGUGUUCUUUACUACAAAAUGGUUUUUGUAGUGGUUGCAUGUAUUAAAUGAUCUGUUGUGGAUCAAAACCACUGCAAGGCAAUUAUUUCAGUGGUGCUCUUCCUGUUUGGUAUGCACGUGGGGUACCCCUCCAGAUACAUUGGGGUCUGUGUCCCCCCCUUUUUUUUUUUCCUACGAAUGUUGGAAGGUGUGAUAGUUACUUGGUAAUUUGGGCUUUAAAUGAGAUAAGUUCACACAUGCCUUUUGCUGUCAUCAAUCCACGGAAAGAAAGAAAAAAAAACUAUUGAUAUAGUAUUAUAUGUAUUGAUGUACUUACUAGUAUUCCAUUAAAAGGGAAUAACAAGCUUUCUUAAAUUCAAUAAGGGAAUUUGAUUUCUCAGAGGAGUAACAUGCUACAACCUUUGAUCUCUAAUGUAAACUUGUCUAUUCUGACUUAUAAAAAUAUGCAGACCCUUUUAAUAGGUUUUAAGAGUAUAAUAGCACAACCUCUCUAAGUAGUAAACUCCAUACUCGUACUCAGUAUUACGCCAGUACUUUUACAGAAAACUGUGAAGAGUAUUGAACAUUAAUUGUUUAACUAGCCAAGUUCAGUAUGUCAUACAAGGUUUUAACUGGUUCUUAUUAAAUAAUACGUCCCUGUCUUCCUAUGGCACAGCUAUGGUUGACUCACGUUGAAGAGAGUACCGGUAGAAAACCAGGGAGCUGGAACAUUAAUUAUGUAUCUACAUAUAAGAAUUUAGGACACAAGCAUAUGACAAUUUCAUACUUGCAAAUUUUGAUCUUCUUUACACAUUGCCCACCUUAUCUUUUCGUUAAACAUAGUUUUUAUUAUUUUUACAUUUUAUUUAUUUAUUUUGCAGGUAGCAACAGUAUUUUUGCCCCAGUGCUUUUGCCAAAUUCUAGUAAGUAAAUGCAUUAUGACUUUGAAACCACUUGUGGUGUUGACGUUGUUGCUGAUUUUUCAAUCUCUGCAAACUCCCAGAUACGUCUUCUGACAGGGUUUUUUUUUCUGUAUCCUUUUAUAGAGUCUUUUUUCAGUUCUUGUGGGAGUCUCCACAAAUUAAGUGAGGAGGUCCUGCUUCCGCCCCCAUUGCCUCCACACAGGGAGUUUGAUCCAGAUACAUCCAGCCUUACGGUAUGUAGCCUACAAUGCCAAAGGUGGCAACACAGACACAAAGUUAAAAGAAUACCAGAAGCACCAUAACCAAUUUUAAGUCCAGUGGAGCCAUUCCUAAUGUAAGUAGUUAAACCAUUUUUGAUUUCUUACCUGGGGUCCAAUAGGUGCUUCUCCCUACCACUUCCUUUUUAGCCUAAGAGCUGGAAGCUCCCUGCCUGAACUAGUCUGGCUCUACAGGGCUGAGAGCAAUCAAAGGUAUCUAGUGCAGACAAGAAGAGGCUGGAGUAGCACCUGGUGGGACACAGGUCAGAAGUAAAAUUGUUCUAAAAUGGUUUGACUACUUAUAAUGAGGGGAGCACUCCUGGUACCAUAACCACUACAGGACACUGAAGUGGAUAUGAUACUUUAAGUGGUCCUUUAAUUCACAGUGGGUUUGAUUUCAUCCUGACACUCCCAAGAUGUAAUUAAAAUAAAACCAACAAUUCUCACCUUAAAUCUAUUAGUAGACCAAACUCAACCCAACUUAGAAGCUGCACCAAUGUUUGGACAAUUCCAUAUUCAAUAUAGUUACAAUAACCAAGACUUCUACAGGCGUUGAACUUGAAAGAAAGUGGAUGCAACAAUGCAGUUAAAUUAGCUUAUUUGUUGUCUCAACAACAUACCAAAAUUUUGAUCUUUUUUUGGAGAAUAUUGAAUUAGGAGUCCUCACAUAACUGACCUACUCCACAUUUUAGUCAUAAAGACAUUGUGUGCUCGAAUGUGACCAUGCAGAAUGGAACCACUCACUGUGUAAAUGUGUCUGCAUGAGAGGACGGCACAAGUGAUGCAUUCUGGAUUUUAACACGCAAAGCACCAUAAUCUCUGCAGUUCAGAGCUUUCAGUCAUCAGUAGUGGAGCUGGGGAGCAGCACCAGGAGGUCCCCAGGUAAGCUUUAGUGGUUAUGGUGCUUAGAGUAGUAAUUAGUGCCCUGAUUUCAUGGCAGUUAUGAUGGACUAAGAUUCUUAUGAUGACCAGCUAGCUGUAUGUCCCACAGGAAUCACCUGUAAUAGCUGCCAUGCCAAGGGUCACCAUUAUCGGCUUGAGGUUGCACCAUGGUCCUAUUCUUUUAUGUUAUGUGCCUUUUCUGUUGAGGGGGAUGAGGGCCAACGUAUUAAUUACUUUUUUAUCUGUUUAUCAGGGAAGUUGCAAGUUAGAUGAUGAUCCUCCAGCCAUUCCACCAAGGUUACCUCCACCUCCAAAGAUACGGCCUCGAGUUCCUGCUUACACUGGACCUUUAGAUGGACUUUUGCAAAGCCCACCCCCUCCGCCCCCAAGAGACCCACUUCCUGAGACUCCACCACCUGUACCUCAGAGGCCUAUAGAACACUUUAUAAACUGCCCAAUGAAUGUGCAGCCCCAACUGUUUGGACGCCUUCACAGGGAACAGGAGUGGUUUCGGGAAGCUUGUACAGCCCCAAACUCGCCCAACACUCCUCCUAGCACACCAUCUCCCAGAGCACUGCGUCGCUGCUGUGGACUCAGUGCCAGUCACAACAAUCUUGCCCACAACCCAGCUCCCCCCAUUCCUCGAAGGCAAAUCUCGAGCCCCCAGUUACCAAAACUGCCACCAAAGACUUACAAAAGGGAAUUGUCCCAACCUCCUUUGCACAGACUCUCUUUGUUGGAGAAUUCCGACACUCCACAAUGACUACAGCCACCCUAGUCCUUUACACUGGAUAAGGAGAAGCAUUUCUUUCUUUUUGUAAUUUAUUUGGAUUCUAAGGCAUUGUACUUUACUUUUUAACCCACACCCGCACAGGGGGUUAUACUAAACAUUUUUACAGUAAAUUGCUACUGAUCAAAAAAGCAGAAGCAUGAAUGAAUACCAUUGGAGGAGACUGUUUCUGACACACUAUGGCCUUUUUAACACUACAACAGCGUGUAACUGCCUCAGGUGAAAAGUGUCAUUGCCUUGUAUUGGAUGUUCCAGAUAUUUUUUUUAUUUUAUUUUUUUGAAUAUAUGUAUAUAUAUAUUAUAUUUUUUUUUGUACUUUUUUUGCACUAUAAUUUCCAAGUGACAAGUUCCAUUGGAUAUCUGUUGUACUGGAGGAAAAAGUGGCUUUUUUUUUUUUCUUUUCUUUUUAAUUUAAGCACUAGUGGCCUUUUUGUUCACAAACCAUACCACAGACAAAACGUGUCAUUGAAAACAUUUUAGGGAUCUAAAUUUUUACCGUCAGCAUUCCAGUUAAUCUCUACAUCGCUGGGAGUGACAGUCCUGUAGUCCCAGAUGGAGGGGGAGAUGGGCAAACAUAACUGGUACCUUCCUUCUGUGAACUGGUUCACAACACGAAAGGCCUAUGCUUUUUUUUUUUUUUCUUCACUCAGAAAAUCCAGGGAAGCAGAAAAGUAGACUCGCAAACUAAAUGACAUGCACUACGUGUUUAAUUAUUUGCAGUAAAGCACUACCUAAAAAAGGAGUCCCAUAAAUGGAUGUCUACAAACUAGUAUUAAGCAUGCCUCGUAUUCUGAUGUGCCUUUUAAUUAAUUUAUUUUUUAUUAUUUUUUUUUUCUCUCUUUUUUUUCCCCCAAAGCAGGUAAAAGCCAGCAUUUGCUUGAACACUUGCCUUCUUUUUUUCUAAGGUCCAAAACUAUUUGCCAUGAUUGUACAGGCCAUGUUGUGAUUAAUUUGUUAAACCUUUGAGCGCUGUAUUUGAGGUAAUACGUUGUUUUGUCACACAUGUGGCAUUUGUCUAUGGCUCUUAGAAGGUGUAAACAGAGAGUAGUUUCUUGGGGGACCGUGUGUAUUUGAGAAGAAGUUGAGGAAUGGUAGCAACUAUUCUUAAGUCUUGCAAGGCCACAAAUCAAUUAAAUGUUUCCAAGUUUAUUAAGAACAAACUGUCCAGUGGUAUGUUUAGAGAAAAAAAGUCAUUAAAUUCACAUUUCCCAUUAACCCUUUUGUGUGCCUAUGGCAUGUGUCUACCUUUCAGGGGUUAAUUUAUUGGGGGCAAAAUACAUUGUAAGUAUUUUAUUCAUCCAGUGACCUUUAAAGGUGCAAUCCUCCUGUUGUCUUUUUUCAAUAUAUACAUAAAUAAAAAUUCUAACAAUGACACUGUGUAAUAUUGCUCUACUAGGAAAUGCCUGGACCCAAAUAAGGGUUAGCUAAGCGUCAUGGGAAAUGAAUUCAAAUAUCUACAGCGAUAAAUUUAGCUAUUAAAGACUGCUCCAUUGACCUUUACAAAAAAAAUAAAUGGCUUUGUACUUUUUUUUUUUUUGUGUGCGCAAAUUGUGAUUAACUUAUGAAAGAUCUCUGCAAGGCAGAGAACAAGUACUACUGAAUUGUUUUCCUCAACCUAUUGGCUAUUAAAGAUCAAAUGUGAAUUGUGAUUGUCUGCAGUGCUGUAUGUAUGAGAACUGCAGACUUCUUGCUCCAUCAAGAGUAAUACUUUCAAAAACAAAAGGUACCAAAUUUAAAAAGUAAAUCUGUUUGCAACCAAAUAAGUUUUUAAAGCAUGUCACUCCUAGAUCUGUUCUUUGACUUACUGCAGAAUGUAGGACACAUUGGGGUUUAUUUGCUAAACACUAAUUGUAAUGAAUUGAAAAACCUAAUUGCAAAAUGUAGGUGAUUUUGAAAUUACUCUCCAAGUCUGCAAUAUUCACAGAAUUUAGCCUAACUAUAGUGUUUAAUGAAUAAAAACUCCAACUCCAUUGUGUGAGAAGCAUUCUCACAAUUGAGGCAUGAGGCCAACCUAUGAAAUCAGGUUCAGAGCACACUGAAUUGUGAUGGUCCCCUGGGAGAGUGUCUAGAAGGAUCAUUGGCUCCCAAACCAGUCCUCAUGAUCCAGCAACAGUCCAGGUUUUGUCAUCAACUGCAUUGGAAUAAAAAAAGGGAAAUGCAUAUAUCCUGGAUUGUUGGGCCAUGAGCACUGGUUUGGGAACCAUUGGCCUAGAUGAUGGCAAUAGUCCAACUGUUGCUGGGACACAAGCUUCUCAGUGUGAGACAUUUGAUGAAUGUGGUUUCUGGGAGUUUAAGUGCAACAGCUGGAGAGCCUAUAUUAGACACAUGGAGGAGGCUUGUCCUAUAGGAUGGACUUGCACUCUGAAACCUCAAGUUCUGCUGCAGGCAUGUCACCAGAGCAAUAUUAACCCCCAAAACACAAAAAAAUUUAUCCAUCCCUAUAGUUGAUUUUGUAAUGACAAAUGUUUCAACAAGUACCUGUUAAUACAUUAUACAAUCUAAGGCUAUUACUUACAGAUGCUCUGAUUGUCUAAGGUCCCCCCUAUUCACACAAAUGUGAGUGUUCACUGGUUUGUCUACACUCAGGCUUUUAAAGAAAUGUUGCAGAAUGGUUUUGAUGUUCCUGUCCUUGUAUUAAGGGAACACUCCAUGCACUGUAACCACUACAGCCUGCUAUAGUGAUGAUGGUGCCAGGAGUUCCCUGGUGCCCGCCCUUGCAAGUAGUCAAACGGUUGGACUUCUUACCUGUGGUCUGUCGGGCACUGCACCCAACUGUCACUACUAAUGCUGCAGAGCUGGAAACUCAUAAGUAUGAGUUCACGUUAGCUCUCCUGAGUUAACUUGCAUGUCUUAGCUCAAUGCAGAGAGCUUCUGGGUCUCAGAGGAGGUGACCUUCACCCUGCAAACCCCAGAAACAUUGGCAAACUGUUUAACUCCUCACAACGGGGAGGUGCCAGUGUGCACUGUCAUUAUUAUGGUGCUUGGAGUAUUUAACUUUUUUUUUUUUUUUUUAUUAUUUUUUUUAAUGGAUUGGCAUUGUUAAAAAUGUCAGAUUUAGUUACAAUCACUGAUAACCUUACAAUGAUGUUAACACGUUUACUGAGAGAGUGCUGCCUGUAUGUUUGCUAAGGGUAGUGCAGGGAUUAUCAAAUAUUUGUAGAUUUUAGAAGCCUGUUAGUCAUACAUAUGAGCUACCUUGUGUGUUUUGUGUUUUACCUUAAGUAGAGAAAAGGUUCACCCAGACUGUAGUAGCGUUUUUCGUAUCAAUAACUUGCCUUGUGUAAAACUCACAAGGCAUCAGAGGAGUUACAGUCCUGCCAAAAUUGAAAGCCUACCUUUAAGCCAUUCCUGCUUAAUCCACCCAAGAACCAUGGCAGAGGCCCAUUUUCAAUUUUUAGUUUACCUUGUGCCUGCAUGUUGGGUAAUCAGCUUGUUUAUUUUCAUUCCCUUGACACCUAAAGCUAGAUUCACUUGAAAUAAGCACUGGUAAUAUUAGGUCUUUAACCCCUUAAGGAUACAUGACAUGUCAUGAUUCCCUUUUAUUCCAGAAGUUUGGUCCUUAAGGGGUUAAAGGAAAACUGUCGUAAAUUGUAUUAAUGAAAGUGUUUCAGGUUGCAUUUAAUAUAGCCUCUUUAAAUAUUAUUUUUCAAUACAUACAUAAAUCUUAAUUCCCCUUUGCAUGCAUCUCUUGAAUAAGUCUUGCCCCAUUCCCAUCUUUUAAGUUCUAAAUGUUCAGAAGCAUCAUUUAUCCGCUGAGACCAUGCAACUAUUUGGACGUCUGAAAAUAUCCCACAGUGCUUUUUUGAGAUACGCCAGCACUUUCACAAAAUGUCAGGAUUCAAUAAGGACACCCUGACACGAGUUUUCAAUUACCUGCAUAAGAGGGUUUAAAGAUGGCUUUCCUAAUGCAACAGCAGUAAACCAGAAGAAGCUCUGAAAAUUGGUAUUUACAUAUAUGUGUGCAUUACAAAUAAAUAACACACAGCGGCUCUAAAAGAGUUUCCAACAUUGGAAGGCCUACUAUCAGGAGAGGGAGGGGUGGGCAUGUUUGUGGAAUUAGCAUCAUUAUGGCUGCAAUUACACAUGGGUUUAAAUACUCUGAAUUGCAUUACCCUCAGUCCUUCCAACACAGGUUGACAUGGCCUGUCUAUAAGGUGAUUGGGAGGACUGAGGCAGAUUUGGCUGUUUUUGACUGAUCUGUUAUAGUACAUGUUAUAUUUAAAGGACCACAAUAGGGCAGUCUGACCACUUCAGCUUAAUAAAGUGGUUUGGGGGCCAGGUCCCCCUUGUUUUAACCCUGCAGCUGAAAACAUAGCAGUUUUAGAGAAACUGCUAUGUUUACACUGCUGGGUUAAUCCAGCCACUAGAGGCGCUUCCACGAUUUACACCGAGUAAAUCGCACUUAUUUGACGCUGGACGUCUCACGGACCUCAAGUGUCAAAAAAAGAUCCCCAUAGGAAAGCAUUGAGCCAUGUUUCCGAUGGGCGCGCAUGUGCAUUCGGCUCCACUUGGGAGCUGACGUCGAUGGAGGAGAGGUCACCAGUGCCGAGGGAGAUAAGAUAAGCAAAUAAUUAACCAUUUAUUCGCCGUGGAACGGGGCUCUAGUCACCGUUUUGGUGACUAUGGCUCUAUAGCGUAAGGAAAACAUUUGUAUUCCUAACGCUAUAGUGUUCCUUUAAUUUGAAAGUUAAAAGAAAAAAAUAAUAAUUUAAUAAUGGAAUAAAACACGGAAAUACAUUAAUCCUGGACUGUUGGUGGUCCCUUAGGACUGGGUUGGGGAACACUGGUUUAGUACAGACUGUUAACUGGAUGUCCCCCUGGCUUAUUAUAGAAAAUUGCCCCUCACUGACACCUCUCGUUUUCAGUCAUUUGUCCCAAUACUUCUCUAUGAGAAGCAUCAGAUUGGACACACAUUAAUCAAUGCUUUCCUAUGGGGGAAAAAUCUGGUGCUGGAUGUCCUCAUGCAGAGGACGUUCAGCGUCAGUUAGGUUUCAAGAAGCGCCUCCAUUAGUGCUACAAUGUAAACAAAGUGCAAUGAGCUGAAGUGGUCUGGGUGCCUAUAUUGUCCCUUUAACCUCUACUACACUUAUUUAACAUCUUUCAGUGAAAAAUCUUUUCCCAUAACCAUGAUUGAGCAUGUCCCUAAGGUAUUUUCCAAAAAAUACCAGAAUGUACCUGGACACAUUGAAAACACUAAUCUUUUUAAUUUAUUUUAACGAAAAGCAGGAAGUCACGUUUAUGAAUAUAUAUAUAUAUAUAUAUAUAUAUAUACCAAUGUAGGAUGACCAGCACUCACGGAUUUCCAAUAAGUAAAAAAAGUAAAGUUUUAUUAAUCCAUAUCGUUCCUGAAGAAAGUCCCAGACGAGGACUGAAACGUUGAAGCAGCUUUUUAAAGAUAUGGAUUAAUAAAACUUUACUUUUUUUACUUAUUGGAAAUCCGUGAGUGUUGGUCAUCCUUCAUUGGUAUAUAAUAUCUUCCCCUGAUUUCAAGCACCCGGUCUUAUUGCCUUUGGAGCCUGAGUGCAAGGAUACUGUGGACGGCUUAAUAUAUAUAUAUAUAUA